GCCGCGAAGACCACGCCGGGCGUACCGCAGUGUGGGCGCUGUGCGUAUGGCGGGCCGCCGCAAUGGCCACAACAGGUAAGAGGGCCAAGAAGAAGAGAAGUGCAGUGCAGUGUAGUAGUGAGUGCAGCAGCAGUGUGCAGUGUGCAAAGUGCAGUGUGGUGAUCAGUGACCAGCUACCAUGCCAGGAUGGAUUUAAUGGUGUACAUCGACGUCGCCGUUGUGGAUUAAAACUCUCACUUCAGUCGCCGCAUACCGCAAAAAUGAAGUUUUUGUUGCCUCUAGUCGUCUGGAUAUUAUUAAUAGAAACAAGUAGAACGGUCUUAUCACAAGGAAUUGGAUUCGGCAUCAAGAGAGAAAUCUUUUUCCUGAACCUGGAGGACGGGUACUUCGGGUGUCAGGUCAACGAAUCUACAGAUGUUUUACAAUUAUACGAAGUUUCCAAAUUAUGUGAUGGACGACCAGACUGUUUUCGGGGCUCAGACGAGCUCCGAUCGGAACUGAAAUGCUCAACUGACUGUGGCAAGGACGACGGUAAGCGGUGCCAGCACGGAGCGUGCUUGGACCACCAGUGCCAUUGCAACGACGGGUACGGUGGCUGCGGCUGCGAAGUGCCGGACGAGAACGAGUGCAAGGACCGGCCGUGCGACGUGUUCGCUCACUGCACCAACACGCUCGGCAGCUUCUCGUGUACCUGCUUCCCGGGAUACCAGGGCGAUGGAUUCCACUGCCAGGACAUCAACGAGUGUGACGACCCGGCAGUGGCGGCCCGAUGCGUGGCCAAUGCCGAGUGCUGCAACCUGCCCGCUCACUUCUUGUGUCGCUGCCUCCCCGGAUUCGAAGGCGACGGCGAAGAGGAGUGCAGAGACAUCAACGAAUGCGAGCAUCCCGAAGCCUGCGGACUGAACGCCCAGUGCAUCAACGUCCCCGGCAACUACUCGUGCUCCUGCCUGCCCGGUUACCAUGGAAACCCCUUCGAAGUGUGCGUGGACCUGGACGAGUGCGAGGACCCCGAGGCCUGCGGCCCGGGCGCGCUGUGCCGCAACGUGGUUGGCGGCCACGAGUGCCUGUGCCCGGACGGCUUCCACGGCGACGCGUACCGCACCGGCUGCGUGGACGAGGACGAGUGCUCCAGGUCGCCGUGCGGCCGCGGCGCGCUCUGCACCAACAUGGCCGGCUCGUUCCGGUGCGUCUGUCCGCAGGGCAGCCACGGGGACCCCUUCGAAGGAUGCCAAGAGGUGGAUGCGUGCGCGGUGGAGCCGCCCCCGUGCGGCAAGGGAGCCAAUUGCACGACGGUGGCCGGGGCCGCGAUGUGCACGUGCCCGCCGGGCUACACGGGGACGGCGCACGAGGAGUGCCUGGACCUCAACGAGUGCGGCAGGCCCAACGCGUGCGGCGUCAACGCCAAGUGCACCAACGCCGUGGGCUCCUUCUCCUGCGCCUGCCCGCCGGGCUUCAGCGGACAGGGCCAGCUGUACUGCGAGAACAUCAACGAAUGCGCGCACAACCCUUGCGGCGAGAAUGCGGUCUGCACCGACACCGUCGGCAGCUUCAUUUGCUCAUGCCGGGAGGAUUACACUGGCGACCCAUUCAAGGGCUGUGUCGACAUCGACGAGUGCGUGGCGCUGGACCGGCCCUGCGGCCGCAACGCGCUGUGUGAGAACGCCGCGCCGGGCUACAACUGCGUGUGCCCGCAAGGCUACCAGGCCAAGCCGCACCCCACGGUGGCGUGCGAGCAGAUCGACGUCAACAUCCUCUGCAAGUCCAACUUCGACUGCACCAACAACGCCGAGUGCCUGGAGGGCCAGUGCUUCUGCCAGGAGGGCUUCGCGCCGCAGGGCGCCGUGUGCGUGGACGUGGACGAGUGCGUCGGCAACCCGUGCGGUCCGCGCGCCACGUGCCACAACACGGCCGGCUCGUUCCGCUGCGACUGCGAGACCGGCUUCGUCGGGUCGCCGCCGCGCCUGCCCUGCAAAGCGCCGUGCGAGGACGUCAAGUGCGGGCAGCACGCAUACUGCAAGCCCGACGGCCAGGAGGCCUACUGCAUCUGCGAAGACGGCUGGACGUUCAACCCGGCCAACAUCGCCGCCGGCUGCAUCGACAUCGACGAAUGCGACAAGAUCAACGGGCCGUUCGGACAGUGCGGCGCCAACUCGGUGUGCACCAACACGCCGGGUGGCUUUUCGUGCCAGUGCAAACCCGGCUUCUCCGGCAACGCGCACAAGCAGUGUCUCGACAUCGACGAGUGUGCGCGCCACGACGCGUGCGGGGUGGGCGCGCUGUGCCGCAACACCCCCGGCGCCUACACGUGCGAGUGCCCCAAGGGCACGGUGCCGGACCCGGACGCCCACACCAAGUGCAUCGGCGUGGUGACGUGCUCCGUGGACAGCGAGUGCCCCGGCAACGCCGUGUGCGACAGCAACAAGCGGUGCCUGUGCCCGCAGCCCAACGUGGGCAGCGACUGCAGACACCCCUGCGAGUUCGUGUACUGCGGCCCCAACGCGCAGUGCAUGCUGACGGGCGACGAGGCCAAGUGCCAGUGCCGGCCCGGCUUCACGGGUGUGGUGGGCGUGGUGGGCGGCUGCGUGGACAUCGAUGAAUGCGCGGCCAACCCCUGCCCCGGCAGCGGCGUCUGCUUCAACGAGCCCGGCAGCUUCUCGUGCCAGUGCCCGUCCGGGCUGAGCGGCGACCCCUACAAGGGUGGCUGCGCGCGCUCGGACAACCCGCCCUUCGCCUGCGGACCCAACUCGCCCUGCCCCGCCUCGGAGCAGUGCGUGCCCGACCACACCAGCGGCGCGGACGUGUGCAUCUGCCGCCAGGGCUACCUGCGCGACGUGGCCACGGGCAAGUGCAGGGACGUCAACGAGUGCACCGAGCUGCGCGACAAGCCCGCCUGCGGCCUCAACGCCGUGUGCAAGAACCUGCCCGGCAGCUACGAGUGUGCCUGCCCGCCCGGAUUCAACGGCAACCCCUUCUCGGCCUGCCAAGAGUGCAACAGCCUGGAGUGCCAGUGCCAGCCGCCCUACCAGAUCGUGGACGGCAACUGCAUCGUGCCUGGCUGCGACGCUGGCGGCGUCUGCCCCGGCGGCGCCGAGUGCGUCACCAUCGCGGGCGGCAUCAGCUACUGCGCGUGCCCCCACGGCUUCCGGCCCGACGCCAACGGCAUCUGCCAGGACAUCAACGAGUGCCUGGAGAACCGGCACAUGUGCAGCUACGGCGCCGAGUGCGUGAACCAGCCCGGGGCCCACCAGUGCGUGUGCCCGCUCGGCACCAGCGGCGACCCCUACCACGGCGUGUGCUCGCCCAACCAGGUGCGCUGCGUGGCGGACAACGACUGCCUGGCCAACGAGAAGUGCGUGCAGCCCGGCGAGUGCGUGUGCCCGCCGCCCUUCUUCACGGACGCGCUGGACGACAACAAGUGCAAGAGCCCCUGCGAGCGCUUCCCGUGCGGCAUCAACGCGCGCUGCACGCCCAGCGACCCGCCGCGCUGCCUGUGCGAGGCCGGCUUCAAGGGCGACCCGCUGCACGGCUGCGUGGACGUGGACGAGUGCGCCGAGAACCCGUGCGCCGCCGGCGCGCACUGCAUCAACGAAAAGGGCAGCUACAAGUGUGUGUGCUCGCACGGGCUCAGCGGCGACCCCUACCGGCAAGGAUGCGUCGGGGCCAUCUCCCCCAAGGGCGAGUGCUCCCGGCACGCGGACUGCGCCGGCCCGCUGGCCUGCGAGGGCGGCGUGUGCGUCAACCCCUGCAACAGCCUGCCCUGCGGCGCCAACGCCUUCUGCGAGGCCGAGAACCACGCGGCCUGGUGCCGCUGCGCCAUCGGCUUCUCGGAGGGUCGCAACGGAGAAUGCGUGUCGCUUUGCGAAGGCAUGGUGUGCGGACGCGGAGCCCAGUGCAUCGUGACGGCGGCCGGCCCCACCUGCGCCUGCGUGGAGGGAUACCUGGGCAACCCGUUCGCGGGCGGCUCCUGCGUGCCCGACGUGUGCUCGGCGGCCAACCCCUGCGCCGAGCCCAUGGUCUGCAUCGGCGGCCGCUGCAAGCAGCGCUGCGAGGGCGUCGUCUGCGGCGUGGGCGCCACCUGCGACAAGAACACCAACAAGUGCGUGUGCGACCCGUUCUUCAUCGGCAACCCAGACUACCUCUGCAUGCCACCGGUGAUCGGGCCGCAGUGCCAGCCCGGGUGCGGCCUGAACGCGCACUGCGAGUACGGCGUGGACGAGAACCGGUGCGUGUGCAACGCGGGCAGCAUCGGCAACCCGUACGAGGGCUGCGGCCAGGAGGCGCGCCAGUCGUGCACGGCCAACACGUGCGGCCAGGGCGCCGUGUGCCGCGACGGCAUGCGCGACAUCGAGUGCCUCUGCCCGCCCGGCUUCACCGGCAACCCCUACAUCCAGUGCUUCGACGUGGACGAGUGCAGCGCCGGCGUCGCGUGCGGCAGCAACGCGGUCUGCAUCAACACGCCCGGCGCGUACGACUGCCGCUGCAAGCAGGGCUUCGCCGGAAACCCCUUCAGCGUGUGCCUGGCCCUGGGGCCGCGCGUCUGCAACAACCCCGCCGACUGCAAGUGCGGCAAGGAGGUGACCUGCCCCAACGGAUACUCGUGCACCAAGGGCCGCUGCAGGAACCCCUGCGACGGCGUGGAGUGCGGCCCGCGCGCCGGCUGCGUGGCCGGCCAGUGCGUGUGCCCGCCCGGGCUGAGCGGCAACCCCAAGGACAAGAAGAAGGGCUGCCAGCAGCAGGGCCAGUGCCAGAACGACCUCGACUGCCCCGACUCGGACAUCUGCUUCCAGCUGGGCCGCGGGACGCGCAAGUGCGUGGACGCGUGCUCCAAGCUGCAGUGCGGGCCCAACGCGCUGUGCGUGGCCAACCACCACCGCUCGUCCUGCAUCUGCGCCGACGGAUUCUUCGGCAACCCCGGCGAUCAGGUGACCGGCUGCGCGCCCGAACGCGCCGCGCCCAAGGGCGAGUGCCACUCGGACCAGGACUGCGUCAAGGGUCUCAUCUGCGCGCUCAGCCCCAACGGCGUGUCGGCGUGCAUCAACCCCUGCCUGAACGUGGCCUGUGGCUCCAACGAGGUCUGCAGCGUGGACGCCAGCGGCCACCCCGCCUGCAGCUGCCGCGACGGCUACGUGUGGAACCCGGUGACCAGCGUGUGCGAGAAGCCCUCGCUGCCGGACUGCACCUCGGACAACGAGUGCCAGCAGAUCGCCGCCUGCCGCCCGGACGCCGUCGGCGUGCUCAAGUGCGUCCCCGUGUGCGCGGAGUUCACCUGCCCGCCCAACGCCAUCUGCAGCGCGGUGGCGCACCACGGCCAGUGCCAGUGCCUGCCCGACUUCACCGGCAACCCCAACGACCGCACGGGCUGCCACGCCGUGACGCGCAACGAGUGCGACACGGACGCGCAGUGCCCCCAGUCGGACACGUGCCGAGCGGACGCCAGCGGCGCGCUCAAGUGCAGACCCGCCUGCGAGAAGGCCAACUGCGGGCCGCGCGCCGUGUGCGCCGUCAACAACCACGUGGCGCAGUGCCAGUGCCCGCCCGGGCCGUACGCCGGCGACCCCAACGACCCCGCCAACGGGUGCCGCGAGGUGCCCUGCGUGUACAACCUGGACUGCCCGGCGUCGCAGCUCUGCAACCGGCUGACGCACACGUGCCACGACGCCUGCGAGGAGGGCUCGUGCGGAGACAACGCCGUGUGCAUCGCAGAGGACCACCGCGCCACCUGCCAGUGCCCGCCGGGCUUCCGCGCCAACCCGCUGCCCGAGGUGGAGUGCGUGGCCACGGAGGUGUGCAGCCCCAACCCCUGCCACCCCACCGCCAUCUGCGAGCUCUCGGCCACCGCCCCCGCCGGCCACGUCUGCCGCUGCCCGCCCGGGCUGGUGGGCGACCCGCUGACGUCGGGCUGCCGGCCCGAGGGUAACUGCCCGCGCGGCGACGAGGACUGCCCCCCGCAGGCCGUGUGCCAGGCCGGCCGCUGCGUCAACCCCUGCGACGGCGCGUGUGGCCCCAACGCGCUGUGCGCCGUCAUCAACAGGAAGCCCGUCUGCUCGUGCCCGCUCAAGUUCGACCCCGUGGCGGCCGGGCCCGUGUCCGGCUGCGUGCGCACCGCGUCGGGCUGCGUCUCGGACGCGGACUGCGCCGGCGACGCCUGCAUCAACGGCCAGUGCAAGGUGGUGUGCCGCAACGCCGAGGACUGCUCCGCCGGCGAGCGCUGCGUGCAGAAGACGUGCGUGCUGCCGUGCGCAGGCCACUCGCAGUGCUCGUCCGGACAGGCGUGCGUCAACGGCGUGUGCGCGCUGGGCUGCCGCUCCAACCGGGACUGCCCCUCGCAGCACGCCUGCGUCAACAACAAGUGCCAGGACCCUUGCCAGCAGGACAACGUGUGCGGCGCCAACGCGCUGUGCUCGUGUCGCGACCACGCCACCGUCUGCAGCUGCCCCGAGGGCUUCCAGGGCACGCCGACGCCUCAGCAAGGCUGCGUGCGCGUGCCCGCGCGCUGCGGCGGCGCCUCGGCCUACUGCCCGUCCGCCCACUCCUGCGUCAACAACCUGUGCCGACUGCCCUGCGCCGACAACGACAACUGCGCGGUGGGCGAGCGCUGCGCCGCCAACUUCUGCGUCAAGGUGUGCUACGGCGACAGCAACUGCCUGACGGGCGAGGUGUGCGUGGAGGGCACCUGCCGGCCCGGCUGCAGCUCGGACGGCGACUGCGAGGCUAGUCAAGUGUGUCGCGGGAACAAGUGCCUGUGCGGCAGCGGCUUCACGUCCACGCCGCGCGGCUGUAAGGACGUCGACGAGUGCGAGCAGAACCCCUGCCACCCCAGCGCGCGCUGCACCAACGUCCCCGGCUCGUACCAGUGCUCGUGCCAGGAGGGCACGGUGGGCGACCCCUUCCUGGAGCCCGGCUGCGUCAAGCCCAGCGAGUGCCGGCGCCACAGCGACUGCAGCGACACGCUGGCCUGCGUCCAGGGCCGCUGUACGGACCCCUGCAGCGCGGGCGUCCGCUGCGGCCCCAACGCCGUCUGCAACGUGUUCGACCACGCGCCGUCCUGCUCCUGCCCCGCCGGCAACCUGGGCGACCCCAACGACCCCAACGUGGGCUGCUUCCGCGUCGAGUGCCUCACGAGCGACGACUGCCCUUCGGACCGCUUCUGCCACCUGGAGAGCUACAAGUGCAUGAACCCCUGCGACCAGGUCAAUUGCGGCCGCGGGACGUGCAAGGCCCAGCGCCACCAGGGCGUGUGCUCGUGCUUCGCGGGCUACGUGUUCGAGGACGGCCGCUGCCAGGACAUCGACGAGUGCCAGAACAGCCCGUGCCACUCCAGCGCCGUCUGCCAGAACAGCCCCGGCAGCUUCGCGUGCGCGUGCGCCGACGGCCUGGUGGGCGACCCCGUCCGCGCGGGCUGCCGCAAGCCGGGCGACUGCUUCACGGACUCGGACUGCCCCGCCACGGCGGCGUGCCUCGAGGGACGCUGCCGCAACCCCUGCCUGGCGGAGCGCGCGUGCGGCGCCAACGCGCAGUGCGUCGUGUCCGCGCACGCCCCGCAGUGUAGGUGCCCGCCGCAGACACGCGGCGACCCGCGCGUCGAGUGCGUGCGCCUGGAGUGCUCCGACAGCAACGACUGCCCCGCCAGCAAGGCCUGCAUCGACGCGCACUGCGUGGACCCCUGCUCGCUGCCCAACGUCUGCGGCCGACGCGCCACCUGCAGCCCCGCCAACCACGUGGCCGUGUGCGCCUGCCAGCCAGGCUCCACCGGCGACCCCCACCUGGGCUGCGUCAGCGUACAGUACUGCGCCGGCGACUCACAGUGCCCCGCGGGUACCCGCUGCAGCGGCGGCAUCUGCACGUCGCUCUGCUCCACCGCCAGGGAGUGCAUCGGCGACCAGCUGUGCAUCCAGGGCGCCUGCCAACCCACCUGCCGGUCCAACUCCAGCUGCCCCGAGUACCAGUUCUGCCAGAACAACAUCUGCGUGCAGGAGGUGCGGUGCCGCGCGGACGACGACUGCGGCGCCUCGGAGCAGUGCCGCGCCAACUCGCUGGGCCAGGCCGAGUGCGUGGACGCGUGCGAGGGCCCCGUGCUGUGCGGCCGCAACGCCGAGUGCGCCGCGAGGGACCACACGGCGCUGUGCUCCUGCAAGCCCGGCCACCACGGCAACCCCACCGACGACAAGAUCGGCUGCCAGCCCAUCGAGUGCCGGGGCGACGACGACUGCUCCAACGACAAGCUCUGCGACAACUUCAUGUGCAAGAUCGCCUGCCUGGUGGAGAACCCGUGCGGCCGCAACGCGCUGUGCUCGGCCCAGGCCCACCAGCAGGUCUGCUUCUGCCAGCCGGGCUACACGGGCGACCCGCACGCCGGCUGCAAACUCAUCGACUUCUGCGCGGACUCACCCUGCGGGCCGCUGGCGCGGUGCGAGAAUGCCCGCGGCUCCUUCAAGUGCCUGUGCCCGCUCGGGACGGUGGGCGACCCCUACCGCGACGGCUGCCACGCGCCAGUGGAGUGCGAGAAGAACGAGGACUGCCCCGCCGCGGCCGAGUGCACGCGCGCCAACGGCGUGCCCAAGUGCAAGGACAUCUGCGAGUCGACGCGGUGCGGGCCCAACGCGGACUGCGUGGCGCGCAAGCACACUGGAGCGUGCGAGUGCCGCGCCGGCUACGAGGGCAACCCCAACGACAUGACGGUGGGCUGCCGGCCGCAGCCCGUGCCCUGCAAGACCCCCAAGGACUGCCCCGCCAACACCUACUGCUACGGCGAGCUCUGCCGGCCGUCCUGCCUGUCCGACGAGGAGUGCGGGCUCACGGAGCAGUGCGUCCGCGGCCAGUGCAGCAACGUGUGCGACCAGCGCAACGCGUGCGGCAUGAACGCCGAGUGCCGCGUGCUGAGCCACCGCAAGGUGUGCUCCUGCCCGGCGGGCUUCACCGGCAACCACGACGUGGAGUGCGUGCGCAUCCCCGUGUCCUGCGACUCGACGUCCGACUGCAGCGCGGGCAACAGCUGCCGCGACAGCAUGUGCCUGCCGGUGUGCCGCGGCGACGACGAGUGCGCCUUCAACGAGAAGUGCCUCAAGGGCAACUGCAUCCUGACGUGCCGCGUGGACAACGACUGCUUCCUGGGACACAUCUGCCUCCACAACAUGUGCAUGUUCGGGUGCCACGACGACGGAGACUGCAGCGGCAGCGAGUCCUGCCGCGACAACCGCUGCGUCAACCCCUGCCAGGCGUCCACGUGCGGGCCCAACGCCGUGUGCACCGUGUCCAACCAGCGCGCCAGCUGCUCGUGCCAGGACGGCUUCGUGCCCAACCCCACCGCCAAGGUGGCCUGCGUGCGCACGCCCGCGCUGCCGUGCGCGGAGAACAGGCAGUGCCCGCUGGGCGCGACGUGCCUGGAAGGCUCCUGCCGGCCCGUCUGCUCCUCCGACGUGGGCUGUCUCGGCAACGAGCGCUGCGACGUCCCGGCCGGCGUGUGCAAGCCGCUGUGCCGCCGCGACGACGACUGCCGCUCCGGCGAGGUCUGCGAGGCCCUCAUGUGCGUGGCGGGCUGCCGCAGCGACUCGGGCUGCCCCGGCGACCGCGCCUGCGUCGGCAGCAAGUGCAUCGACCUGUGCGCCUCGCCCACGGCCUGCGGGACCAACGCGCGCUGCGCCAUGCGCAACCACCAGAAGGCCUGCUCGUGCCCCGCGCCCCUCAUCGGCGACGCCCAGGUCGGCUGCCGCCACCCCACCACCAGCUGCCAGCGCGGCCCUGACUGCGCCGACAGCCAGGCCUGCUACGCCGGGCUGUGCAUGUCUGUGUGUCGCACGGACAUCGACUGCCUCUCGGACGAGCGAUGCGUGGGCGGCGUCUGCAAGGCCGUCUGCAACUCGGACAGCAAGUGCGGACCCGGACAGAUCUGCGAGAACCGGCUGUGUGACGUGGGCUGCAGGAGCGACGUGGUGUGCCCCGACAACCAGGCCUGCAUCGACAAACAGUGCAGAGACCCGUGCGAGGGUGCAACCACGUGUGGUUCGUGCGCGCAGUGCCGCGUGUCGAACCACAACGUGCAGUGCUCGUGCCCGGCCGCGCUGCUGGGCGACCCCCUGGUGGCGUGCGUCAAGCCGGCGCGCCGCUGCGGGGCGGACAACGGCCCCUGCGACUGCGACGAGGUGGGCUACUGCGCGUCGCGCUGCGGCGGCCCCCAGGACUGCGACUGCGGCGAGAGCUGCGAGCAGGGCCGGUGCCGCGUCAAGUGCUCCCUGGCCAACAGCUGCCCCGCCGGCCUCAUCUGCGUGGCCGGCUCCUGCCUGCCGGGCUGCCGCUCGCACGCGGACUGCCCCAACGAUCGUGCCUGCCUCAACGGCCAGUGCGGCGACCCGUGCGGCGUGUCGCCGUGCGGGCUCAACGCGCUGUGCCGCGUCUCCGACCACCGCGCGCUGUGCCUGUGCCCGGACGGCUUCCAGGGCGAGCCCACCAAGGCCUGCACGCAGUACGAGUGCCUGGAGGACAGCGACUGCGAGCCCAACAAGCGGUGCGGCCCGGACAAGGCGUGCCGCAACCCGUGCCUCGAGCCCGGCGCGUGCGGUGCCUACGCGCAGUGCCGCGUGGUGGCGCGCCGCGCGCAGUGCUCGUGCCCGCCCGGCAAGAUCGGCAACCCGCAAGUCGAGUGCCGCCAGGCCGGCGAGGAGUGCCUGCGCAACCCUUGCGGCGACAACGCGCGCUGCCGCGACGUGGUGGGCGGCUUCGAGUGUAGCUGCGCCCCCGGCUGCCGCGGUGAUCCGUACCGAGGCUGCGUCUGCGAGGCGUCGCUGCGUGACCUGUGCCGAGACGUGCAGUGCGGAGUCAACGCCGACUGCCGCAUCGUCAACGGGGUGCAGGCGCAGUGCUACUGCCCGCCCAACUACCCGUCCGGCGACCCUCUCCACGAAUGCACCAUCGAGCGUGGCCCGUCCGACUGCCGAACCCUGGGAUGUGGAGACGGCGCCGAGUGCGUGCGCCAGCGGUCCGGUUUCGUGUGCCGAUGCCCGCCAGGGUCCUCUGGACACCCUGACGUGGCCUGCCAGCAAGCGAGCCAAUGCGCAAGUGAUUCAGACUGUUCCCUUGAACGCGCCUGCGUUGGCGGUCAGUGUGUGGACCCGUGUUCUCUUCGGGCCGCUUGCGGCCUCAACGCACUCUGUACGCCCCUGCUCCACCGGCCGCGCUGCGCGUGUCCCCAGUGCUAUGUAGGGCAGCCACUCAAAGCGUGCCGACCCGACCCUCAGUGCGCGAGUCCGGCGCCCCCUCGCUGGGCGUGCCGCUCGGACUCGGACUGCUCGGACAGUUUGGCCUGCCGCUCGGGCGAGUGCCGCGACCCGUGCGUGUCGCUGUCGUGCGAGACCUCCAAGAAGUGCCAGGUGCGCCACCACCGCCCCGUGUGCGUGUGCAAGACUGGCUUCGUCGUCAACGAGCUUGGAGAGCUGACGUGCGCGCCGGAGCGGCCCGAGUGCUCAAGAAACGAAGACUGCGCCUCGAACAGGGCCUGCACGGGUGGACGCUGCGUCAACCCGUGUGCCGCCAAGUCAUGCCCCUCCAACAAGUCCUGCCAAGUGCUCGACCACAAGCCCGUCUGCCUGUGCACGGCGGACUGCCACCCGGAGCUGUCCAUCUGCCUCCGGGACAGCGGCUGUCCCCAGGGGUUGGCCUGCAUUGACUUCCGUUGCACGGAUCCUUGCACCAACGUGACCUGCCCCCAGGGCGCACCUUGCUACGUGGAAGAGCACAGAGCCGUUUGCAAGUUCUGCCCACAAGGAUUCGAUUCUGACCAAAAAAGCGGAUGUACGAAAGUGCCCUGCACUUCGGAUGUCAACUGCACAGAGACACAGGCCUGCGUUAGUGGGGAGUGCGUAAACCCUUGCACCCUCAGCACCAGUUGCGGCCGGGGCUUUCAAUGCAAAGUGCGCAAACACAGACCGGUGUGCUACUGCCCUCAAGGCUUUUUAAACGACAAUGGUCGUCGGUGUUUCAAAAAUCCGUACAACGUAACUGACUCAAAAGAAAUUAUCUCAGAUACGCAGACGACAACUCCUAGGAUAGUGGUAGGACUUGAACAACGUAAGGCUAAUGAUUCCAAACCUAAUAUGAUAGUAACCGUCCCAACACCAGGGUCCUCUAAGUCGUUUCUGCAAACUACGACCUUGUCUUCUGACUUUCCAGCUACAAUCGACUUACUAACAACAACUGAAGCGACAGUCGCAUCAACUUUCACUACUGUCAAAGAAAAAGAAAAUUCUUUGUAUUUCUCCACAACAGUGGAACCGACUACGCACUACACAACAACAACUAACGAAGGGGAUGCCACGACAGAGUCAACCACUUACUAUUCCACGACUGGAUCAGACAUGACAACGGAACGAACAACGCUUUACACCACAACGGAAAAUGAAGCUGCCACGAUAGAGUCUACAACUUACUAUUCUACUACAGGCAGCUUAGACACAACAGAAGCAUCUACGCCCUAUAAAACAACAAACUACCCUGAAACAACGACAGAGUCAGCGACUCACUAUUCAACGCGAAACCUAGACAUAACAACGGAACCAACUACACAAUACACAACAAGCAGCCCGGAAACCACAACGGAGUCAGCGACCGAUUCUACUACAAGAAGCCUAGAAACAACAAUCGAGACAACCACGCAGAACCCAACAACAGGCAACACAGAUACCACAACAGAGUUUGCGACUGAAAAAACAACAGGCAACCCAGAAACCACGACAGAGUCAACAACUGAAUAUACUGCUACGGGCAGCCCAUACGCGACAACUGACUCAACGACCUAUUAUUCUACUACGGGCCCUCUAGACGUGACUUCAGAAACCACGCCUUACAAAUCAACAAGCAACCCACAAACAACGACAGAGUCAACGACUUACUAUUCCACGCAAAACCUUAACAUGGCAACGGAACCGACCACACAAUACACAACUGGCAACCCGCAAACCACGACAGAAUCAGCAUCCUAUACUUCUACAAGUAGGCAAGAAACAACAAUGGAGUCGACUACGCAGUACACAACAACGGGCAACCAAGAUACAACAACAGAGUCAAAGACUGACAAAUCAACAAGCAACCCAGAAACUACUACAAUGUCAACAACUGAGUAUACUGCUACAAGCAGCCCAUUCACGGCAACAGAUUCAACGACAUAUUAUUCUACUAAGGGUGGCCUGGACGAGACAACAGAAACAACCACGCCUUAUGAAACAACAAGCAACUCAGAAACAACGACAGAGUCAACGAAUUAUUACUCAACGGAAAAUAAAAACAUGGCAACGGAACCGACUACACAAUAUACAACUGGCAACCCGGAAAACACGACUGAGUCAGCGACCUAUACUACAAGCCUAUACACAACGACAGAGAACCCAGGUACAAUGAAAGAGUCAACGACUGAUUAUUCUUCUACGAUAAGCCCAGACACGACAGAAACCUCAACGCCUUACAAAACAACGAGCACCCCAGACACAACAACAGAGUCAACGUAUUUUUAUUCUACUACAAGUGGCCAAAAAACAACAAGGGAAUUGACUACGCCGUUCACAACAACCAUCGAAGCUGAAGAGACCAGAGCGCCAUACGCCACGACUGAAGGCCCAGAAACAACAUCUUAUUCGAAGACAUUAACAACGCUUCGACCCGAGACGACAACACAGUAUUACACAGGUCGAACCGAUGGCGAAUCAUCUGUUCCCACUACCACCGGGCUCCCCUCGACAGGCAUCCAGGAGACUACCAUUGGGUACACUUCAAUGGGCGAGACCACAAUGGCUGGCGCCAGGACAACAACAGAGGGAACGACAGUUUUUACCGACGCUCCCACGAGCCGCGGAUUCCAGAGCACGCAACAGGAAAUGUCUACCACUCAGCGGGCCGAGACAACAACGCAGUAUUACACCACAGUUGGCUCCGAGACGACAAUGCCGCCCAGAACGUUCCAGCCUCCUCUCGACCAGCGCCAGGGCACAGGUUCUGACGGCACUACCACUGGUUUCCCUGAGACAACCACUCAGCUUGGUUUGACUUCCACCACACAACGUCAGACCACGUUUGAACCCUCGGCUACUGGCGUUACCGACGAGACUUCCACGGGCCUGCCCACUGAGGGUACAACUCGCUUUUAUGGCACAACAGGUACUCUGGACGAGACAACCACGACCGGCUUUAGACAAGUCGAAACGACGACAUUGGCAGGUCGAGAAACGACCACCUGGGUCUCAACAGAAUCGCCCACGACGAUUAGGGGAGACGAAACAACUGUCACGCGAUCGUCGAGCCAGAAACCAACGACAAUGGAAGCCGAGACAACCACCAUGUUUGACUCGGAGACUACGACAUCAGGGCCCUACUCAACGGGUGUGAUGGAAGGUGAGACUACCGCCACUGAGGCGGGCGUAUAUUCCACCACUGGUGGAUUUGAGACCACGAGGCAGCCCACCACACAGCGCGGUAGAGAGACGACAACCCAAGCGGCUGAAACCACCACUCUGCAAGAAAACAAAUUCACCACAACCGGCUAUCCAGAAACCACAAGGUACAUGACCACGGCUGAGACUACUCUGUCCGAUAUGAGGACUAGCACCGAGUCACAAACCAGUCGCGAUUUCAUGAGUACGCGUCCAGAAAAGUCGACUACGCUUCGUCCCGAGACGACCACACAGUAUUACACAGGUCGAACCGAUGGCGAAUCAUCUGUUCCCACUACCACCGGGCUCCCCUCGACAGGCAUCCAGGAGACUACCAUCGGGUACACUUCAAUGGGCGAGACCACAAUGGCUGGCGCCAGGACAACAACAGAGGAAACGACAGUUUUUACCGACGCUCCCACGAGCCGCGGAUUCCAGAGCACCCAACAGGAAAUGUCUACCACUCAGCGGGCCGAGACAACAACGCAGUAUUACACCACAGUUGGCUCCGAGACGACAAUGCCGCCCAGAACGUUCCAGCCUCCUCUCGACCAGCGCCAGGGCACAGGUUCUGACGGCACUACCACUGGUUUCCCUGAGACAACCACUCAGCUUGGUUUGACUUCCACCACACAACGUCAGACCACGUUUGAACCCUCGGCUACUGGCGUUACCGACGAGACUUCCACGGGCCUGCCCACUGAGGGUACAACUCGCUUUUAUGGCACAACAGGUACUCUGGACGAGACAACCACGACCGGCUUUAGACAAGUCGAAACGACGACAUUGGCAGGUCGAGAAACGACCACCUGGGUCCCAACAGAAUCGCCCACGACGAUUAGGGGAGACGAAACAACUGUCACGCGAUCGUCGAGCCAGAAACCAACGACAAUGGUAGCCGAGACAACCACCAUGUUUGAAUCGGAGACUACGACAUCAGGGCCCUACUCAACGGGUGUGAUGGAAGGUGAGACUACCGCCACUGAGGCGGGCGUAUAUUCCACCACUGGUGGAUUUGAGACCACGAGGCAGCCCACCACACAGCGCGGUAGAGAGACGACAACCCAAGCGGCUGAAACCACCACUCUGCAAGAAAACAAAUUCACCACAACCGGCUAUCCAGAAACCACAAGGUACAUGACCACGGCUGAGACUACUCUGUCCGAUAUGAGGACUAGCACCGAGUCACAAACCAGUCGCGAUUUCAUGAGUACGCGUCCAGAAAAGUCGACUACGCUUCGUCCCGAGACGACCACACAGUAUUACACAGGUCGAACCGAUGGCGAAUCAUCUGUUCCCACUACCACCGGGCUCCCCUCGACAGGCAUCCAGGAGACUACCAUCGGGUACACUUCAAUGGGCGAGACCAAAACGAACAACAGAGAUUCCGCCCCCGAUUCAACGAAGUACUCGCCGAACAACACACACAUCACACACCCCCGCACCACUCACACUAGGCAGUUGCACCCCACGCCCACGGAUCCACCCAACGGAUGCACACUGCGGACAACAACGCAGUAUUACACCACAGUUGGCUCCGAGACGACAAUGCCGCCCAGAACAUUCCAGCCUCCUCUCGACCAGCGUCAGGGCACAGGUUCUGACGGCACUACCACUGGUUUCCCUGAGACAACCACUCAGCCUGGUCUUACUUCCACCACACGGCGUCAGACCACGUUUGAACCCUCGGCUACUGGCGUUACCGACGAGACUUCCACGGGCCUGCCCACUGAGGGUACAACUCGCUUUUAUGGCACAACAGGUACUCUGGACGAGACAACCACGACCGGCUUUAGACGAGUCGAAACGACGACAUUGGCAGGUCGAGAAACGACCACCUGGGCCUCAACAGGAUCGCCCACGACGAUUAGGGGAGACGAAACAACUGUCACGCGAUCGUCGAGCCAGAAACCAACGACAAUGGAAGCCGAGACAACCACCAUGUUUGACUCGGAGACUACGACAUCAGGGCCCUACUCAACGGGUGUGAUGGAAGGUGAGACUACCGCCACUGAGGCGGGCGUAUAUUCCACCACUGGUCGAUUUGAGACCACGAGGCAGCCCACCACACAGCGCGGUAGAGAGACGACAACCCAAGCGGCUGAAACCACCACUCUGCAAGAAAACGAAUUCACCACAACCGGCUAUCCAGAAACCACAAGGGACAUGACCACGGCUGAGAAUACUCUGUCCGAUAUGAGGAUUAGCACCGAGUCACAAACCAGUCGCGAUUUCAUGAGUACGCGUCCAGAAAAGUCGACUACGCUUCGUCCCGAGACGACCACACAGUAUUACACAGGUCGAACCGAUGGCGAAUCAUCUGUUCCCACUACCACCGGGCUCCCCUCGACAGGCAUCCAGGAGACUACCAUCGGGUACACUUCAAUGGGCGAGACCACAAUGGCUGGCGCCAGGACAACAACAGAGGGAACGACAGUUUUUACCGACGCUCCCACGAGCCGCGGAUUCCAGAGCACCCAACAGGAAAUGUCUACCACUCAGCGGGCCGAGACAACAACGCAGUAUUACACCACAGUUGGCUCCGAGACGACAAUGCCGCCCAGAACAUUCCAGCCUCCUCUCGACCAGCGUCAGGGCACAGGUUCUGACGGCACUACCACUGGUUUCCCUGAGACAACCACUCAGCCUGGUUUGACUUCCACCACACAACGUCAGACCACGUUUGAACCCUCGGCUACUGGCGUUACCGACGAGACUUCCACGGGCCUGCCCACUGAGGGUACAACUCGCUUUUAUGGCACAACAGGUACUCUGGACGAGACAACCACGACCGGCUUUAGACGAGUCGAAACGACGACUUUGGCAGAUCGAGAAACGACCAACUGGGCCUCAACAGGAUCGCCCACGACGAUUAGGGGAGACGAAACAACUGUCACGCGAUCGUCGAGCCAGAAACCAACGACAAUCGAAACUGGAACAUCGUCUGAUGUUGCGUCGACGACGCCUCAACUUGAUCAAACUACUGUAUCUCGCUAUCGUCCUGGCAGCCCUCGGUUUGACCCGGCUGGACAACUGAUUCCUGAGACGACAGAUACGUCAGUCACUUUGGGCGAUGUUACAACGGAACCUUCUUUUGACUCGACAGUUACUUCAGCUCGUUCUUUCAUUUCCGACACAACCGCUUUGCUUUUAAAUGAUACAUUAGAUAUGUCUAAUUAUACUUCAAUUCCUUAUCUGGUCGAAACUACGACUUCUAGUGACAUUUCUAGUCCCUUUUCUUUUAAUAUGUCUGAAUAUGAUUCUUCGACUCGUCCUAUUUCUUUUGAGUCUAAUCUUACUACUAUUAUUCUAGUCCCAGACGUAACUACCAUAGUUCCUGAUGUUACAGCGGCGACCUCUCGUACUGACAGUCCCCUUAGGUCAACUUUUGGGUCGACAUUGGUUCCUCCGGAACUUAACGAUACCGUUCCAACUGAGGCAUCUGUUUUGUCUCAGACUUCAACUCUAGAUUCUUUUACUACUGGCUCUUUUGGAACGACAUCUACUUCUUCCGAAGGAAUUACUGUUACAGUUCCUGGGGCAACUCUUGGUAGCCGCUUUGUAACUUCUAAUGAUAAUGGUAAAUUUUCUAGUCAGGGUAUGACAAGUUUAACCCCUAGUCAGAGCAGAACGGAGUCCACUUUGUUUUCAAGCACCACUGUUCGGUCUCAAACCUUAGCCACCGUUCCUCCUGGACGAAUUAAAAUAGGAAACACAACGUCCUGCGUAUCUGAGUUUGAUUGCUUGGAUGAUGAGGCUUGCGUCGGUUUCCGUUGUGGAGACCCAUGCGCCCUUUGGAAGGGCUCCUGCGGCCCGCGAGCUCUUUGCAUUACUCGUUGGCACACCGCUCAGUGUUUGUGUUUACCCAGUCAGCACCCGGCCGCAGCACCACAUUGUAGCAUACACCCAGUUCUUGAGUGUACAUCGCACGCGCAGUGUCCAACGAGCCUUUCUUGCCUGAACGGCCGAUGCCAGAAUCCGUGCUCCAGCCAUUAUUGCUCAGCCAAUCAGGCUUGCCGAGUGCUUUUGCACCAGCCGGUUUGCCACGACGAGUCUCCUGGCUGUGAGCAUUGCCCGCCAGGCGUACCAUGUGAUCCGAUUACUGGGGCGUGCAUCAAAGCUCACCCUGGGGGCUCGCUCAAGGCGCCCCGGCCCUGCGAGUCCGACUCGGACUGCCUGCACACGGAGGCAUGCUUCAUGGCGGAGUGCCAGGACCCUUGCCAGUUCGCGAUGGCCUGUGCGCCCACGGCCAAGUGUCGCGUCAAGGCGCACCGGCCCAUCUGCACCUGCCCGCCGGGCCACCACGGAAACCCUGCGCUUAACUGCUUCCCCACUCAACCAUCGAGUUGCCAUAGCAACGACGACUGCUCCGUCACCGAGGCCUGCAUCGGAGGCAACUGCCAGCCGCCGUGCGAGGUGCACAACCCGUGUGCGCUCAACGCGGUGUGCGUCAACUCGAACCACGCUACGGACUGCAGCUGCGCUGAUGGCUUCCAAGGCAACGGCUUCGUCGGCUGCCUGCCGGUGCGCUCCAACAUCCAGCCCGGCCAGCCCGUGUGUCAGUACAACGAGGACUGCCCGCCCGACAAGGCAUGCGACCGCCUCAACCGGCUCUGCAUCAACCCGUGCUCUGAGGACUCGUGUGGCGAGAACGCCGAGUGCUGGCCCGACAACCACCAGGUGCAGUGCCGCUGCUUGCCCGGCUCCUUCGGCAACCCUUACAUCGAGUGCGGCCAGGUGACUGGCUGCCGUUCCGACGAGGAGUGCGCGGGCAGCGAGGCCUGCCUGAACGGCAAGUGCGGCAACCCCUGCAAGUGCGGGGCGUAUGCGACGUGCGAGGUGCUGUACCACAAGGCGUUGUGCAAGUGUCCUCCGGGAUACGGCGGUGACCCCAUCCACGGAUGUACCCCGCCAGCCAACCCUUGUGAUCCGAACCCGUGCGGCGUGUACGCGCUGUGCGAGAUCGACCACGGAAACGCCGUGUGCUUCUGCCCGAAGGGAAUGACCGGAAACCCGUUCAGGAACUGCGUGCCCGAGGGCGACGAGUGCACCCCGAACCCGUGCGGCCCCAACUCGGGCUGCCGCGUGAUCGCGGGCGUGCCGCACUGCUUCUGCCUGCCGGAGUACGAGGGCGAGCCGCCGGAGAAGGCGUGCGCGCUGCCCAACCACCCCUGCGACCCCAGCCCCUGCGGCCCCAACACCCAGUGCACCGUGCUGUCCAACGGCUUCGCCAAGUGCACGUGCCUGCCCGGCUUCCUGGAGAGUCCCAACACGAUCCGGGGCUGUGUGGAGAAGCGCAACCCGUGUGACCCGAACCCCUGCGGCCCGGGCGCGCUGUGCGACGCCAACCGCAAGCCCACCUGCUUCUGUCCGGACCCGACCGUGGGCAACCCGUUCAAGGCUUGUACCGAGCCCGUGGUCCGCGUGCUGUGCCAGCCCGGACCGUGCGGCCAGAACGCGGACUGCUACGUGGCCGACAACCAGGAGCAGUGCUACUGCCGCUACGGUUUCAUCGGCGACCCCUACACUGGAUGCAGCCCGCCGCCCGCCAGCCCCUGCCUGCCUAACCCCUGCGGACCCCUGGCCGAGUGCUCCGUGAACCCAACAGGCCAGCCCAUGUGCCUGUGCCCCGAGGGGCUCGCCGGGGACCCCACCAGCCCCAGCGGGUGCCGCGGCCCCGAGUGCCGCGUGGACGACGAGUGCCCCAACCACCUGGCCUGCAUGGGCUACCGCUGCCGCGACCCGUGCCCCGGCUCGUGCGGCGUGGCCGCGGACUGCCGCGUCGAGAAACACCACCCCGUGUGCACGUGCAAGCACGGCCUCACCGGCAACCCGCUCGUGCGCUGCUACCCGGUACCUCAAGAACUGCCUCCUGAAGAUCCAUGCAACCCGAGCCCCUGCGGGCCCAACACGCACUGCUUGGUGCUGAGCGGGCGCGCGGUCUGCUCGUGCCUGGACGAAUACUUCGGCGACCCGCAGGUGGGCUGCCGGCCCGAGUGCGUCAUCAACUCGGACUGCGGCUCCAACCAGGCCUGCCAGGGCUACCGCUGCGUGGACCCCUGCAAGCUGGGCAGCGUGUGCGGCGUGGGGGCGGUCUGCAAGUGCAUCGACCACACCGCCACCUGCGCCUGCCCCGACAACUACGAGGGCGACGCCUUUGUGCAGUGCUACCCCAGACCGCAAAUCGGCCCGGAACACAACAUCUCCCGGCCGUGCGUGCCGUCGCCGUGCGGGCCCAACGUGCAGUGUCUGGCGUACGGCCAGGUGGCCAUGUGCGACCCUUGCGGUGGCCCGGACGCUCACUUCCGACCGGAGUGCCGACCGGAGUGCCUCGCCAACUCGGACUGCCCCUUCAACCUGGCCUGCCUGGGCCAGCGCUGCCUCGACCCGUGCCCCGGCUCGUGCGGCGUGUUCGCGCAGUGCGCCGUGGUGCAGCACCAGCCCGUCUGCUCGUGCCCGCCCGGCCUCGCCGGCAACCCGUUCGAGCACUGCACCGCGCCCAAGGCCCCCGUCGAGGACGUGGAACCCUGCGAGAAGCUGCACUGCGGCGCCAACGCACGGUGCCGCGACCGCCACGGAGCCACUACUUGCGAGUGCCUGCCCGGGUUCUUCGGCAACGCGUACCUGGGCUGCCACCCCGAGUGCGUGCUCAACACGGACUGCCCCAUGGACAAGGCCUGCGUCAACAACAAGUGCGAGAACCCGUGCGCGGGCGCGUGCGGUGUGACGGCGCACUGCAGCGUGGUCAACCACGUCCCCGUCUGCUACUGCCCGGAGGGAAGCACCGGCGACCCGUUCACCAACUGCUACCCCUUCAGACCAGCCCCGCAACCGCCACCGCUCGCCCACCAGCCCACCAACCCGUGCGACCCGUCGCCCUGCGGCCCCAACAGCAGGUGCCUGGUGUCGGCGCAGGGCUACGCCACCUGCUCCUGCCUGCCCAACUACCGCGGCGCUCCGCCGUCCUGCCGCCCCGAGUGCGUCGUGUCCGCCGAGUGCCCGCAGACCCAGGCCUGCGUCAACUGGCGUUGCGUCGACCCCUGCCCCGGGACUUGCGGCCUCGGUGCGCGCUGCGCCGUCAUCAACCACAACCCUAUCUGCAGCUGCCCGCCAGGACAGCUGGGGGAUCCGUUUGCCAGCUGCUACACGCCCAUUGGUGAGCUCAGUUUGGGCGGGGCGCCUUCCCUCGGCUGCGCCAAGACAUCCCUCGCCUACCUGCCGCCCGCCGCCGCGCCCGUGGACCCGUGCGUGCCGUCGCCGUGCGGGGAGAACACGGUGUGCGACUCCCGCGACGGCGUGGCUCGGUGCUCGUGCAUCCCACCGUACAUGGGCAACCCGUACGCCGGCGGCUGCCGUCCCGAGUGCACGAUGAACGCGGACUGCGCGCCCCACCUGGCCUGCCUGUCGCAACACUGCAGGGACCCGUGCCCCGGCGUGUGCGGCACCAACGCCGAGUGCGGCGUCGUGAACCACGUGCCGGUCUGCCAAUGCUUGCCCGGCUUCCGCGGCGACCCGUUCCAGGCCUGCAGGCAGGAACCCGUGGCCGUGCUGCCGCCGCAGAACCCGUGCGAGCCGUCGCCGUGCGGGCCCAACAGCGUGUGCCGCGUCACCAGCGGCCACGCCGUGUGCUCGUGCGUGCCCGGCUACAUCGGGGCGCCGCCGGCCUGCCGACCGGAGUGUGUCGUGUCGGCCGAGUGCCCGCAGAGCCAGGCCUGCAUCAACCAGAAGUGCGCCGACCCCUGCCCUGGAACCUGCGGCGUCAACGCGCGCUGCCAGGUCACCAACCACAACCCCAUCUGCAGCUGCCCGCCGCGCUACAACGGAGAUCCGUUCGUGCGAUGCCAACCAGAACCGCCUACGCCAAUCGCACCGCUGAACCCGUGCGUGCCGUCGCCGUGCGGCGCCAACUCCGAGUGCCCCGUCGUGGACGCGCGGCCCGUCUGCUCGUGCACGCCAGGCAUGCUCGGCGCGCCGCCAAACUGCCGGCCCGAGUGCCUCAUCCACCAGGACUGCCCGACGCACUUGGCGUGCGUGCGGAACAAGUGCUCGGACCCGUGCGCGGGCUCGUGCGGCUUCAACGCGCAGUGCGCCGUGCGCAACCACCAGCCCGUGUGCUCGUGCCUGCAGGGCUUCGAGGGCGACCCGUUCUCCGGCUGCAACCCCGUGCAAGGUAGGACUGUCGACGCGAGCCCGAGGACUCCGCCGCCGCAGCCCUGCACGCCGAACCCGUGCGGCGCCAACGCGGUGUGCCGCGCGCAGAACGGCGCCGGGGCGUGUGCUUGCCUGGCCCAGUACUUCGGCGACCCCUACGUGGGCUGCCGGCCCGAGUGCGUGCUCAGCUCCGACUGCCCGCGCGACCGCGCCUGCCUCAACCACCGCUGCGGCGACCCGUGCGCCAACGCGUGCGGGCUGGCCGCGGCGUGCGUGGUCAUCAACCACAGCCCCGCGUGCUCGUGUCCGGCCGGCCUGACCGGCGACGCGUUGCUCGCUUGUACCCCCGUCCCGCCGCCGCCCCCCGCGCCGCCCGCGCCCAAGCCGCCGCCGUGCUUGGCCACGCCGCCGGUGUGCGGGCCGCGGGGGCUGUGCCGCGAGGUGGCUGGCAGCGCGGUGUGCUCGUGCCAGCCCGGCGCGGUGGGCAGCCCCCCGCAGUGCCGGCCACAGUGCCUGCUCAGCACGGACUGCCCCGCGACGCGCGCCUGCAUCAACGAGACCUGCGCCGACCCCUGCCCGGGCUCGUGCGGCGCCAACGCGCGCUGCCUCGUCGUCAACCACAGGCCCAUGUGCAGCUGCCUGCCCGGCUUCACCGGGGACCCGUUUAGGCGCUGCGUCGAGCCCGAGACGUGCCCCGACGUGCCCCCGCGCGACCCGUGCACGCCCAGCCCGUGCGGCGCGAACGCGGCGUGCCGCGUGGUCCCGGGGGAGGGCGGCGGCCGGGCGGCGUGCUCGUGCCUGGAGGGGUUCCUGGGGCGGCCCCCCGCGUGCCGCCCUGAGUGCCUGCUCUCGGCCGAGUGCCCCCGCAACCGCGCCUGCCAGGGCCAGCGCUGCGCCGACCCGUGUCCGGGUUCGUGCGGGCCGCAGGCCGACUGCCGCGUCGUCAACCACGGCCCCGUGUGCACGUGCAAGCCGGGCUUCACCGGGGACGCCUUUGCCGGCUGCACCCCUCUGCCACCGCCGCCCCCUCCCGCCCCGCCCACGCCGUGCUCGCCGUCGCCGUGCGGCGCCAACGCGGUGUGCACGGCGCGGGGCGGCGCGGGGUCGUGCGCGUGUAUCCGGGAGUACCGCGGCGACCCGUACCAGGGCUGCCGGCCCGAGUGCGUGCUGUCGACGGACUGCCCGCGCAACCAGGCCUGCAUCAACACCAAGUGCGUGGACCCGUGUCCGGGCACGUGCGGCGCCAACGCCACCUGCGUGGUGGUGAACCACACGCCGUCGUGCGCCUGCCCGGCCGGCACGACCGGCAACGCGCUGCAGAAGUGCCUGCCGCUGCCCGCGGCGCCGCCGCCCCCCGCGGCCAACCCCUGCCGGCCGUCGCCGUGCGGCCCGUUCAGCGCGUGCCGCGUGGUGGACGGCCACGCGGCCUGCUCGUGCGCCGCCAACUUCGUGGGCGCGCCGCCGCAGUGCAGGCCCGAAUGCGUCGUGUCGGCGGAGUGCCCGCAGAACCGCGCCUGCGCCAACCAGCGCUGCGUGGACCCGUGCCCCGGCGUGUGCGGCGCCAACGCGCGCUGCCAGGUGCUCAACCACCAGCCCGUGUGCACCUGCGCGCCCGGCUUCACCGGCGACCCCACCACCCGCUGUCUCAUGCCUGACCAGUGCCCCGACCCCUUGCCGAGCGACCCCUGCUCGCCCAACCCGUGCGGCCCGUUCUCGGUGUGCAAGGCGCUGGGCAGCCAGCCGGCCUGCUCCUGCCAGCCGGGCUACGCGGGCCGCGCGCCCACCUGCCGGCCCGAGUGCGUGCUGGACUCGGAGUGCCCGCGGUCGCGCGCGUGCCAGGCGUCGCGCUGCGCGGACCCGUGUCCCGGGUCGUGCGGCCGCGGCGCCGUGUGCAGCGUGGCCGAGCACAAGCCGCAGUGCGCGUGCGCGCCCGGCCUCACCGGCGACCCCUUCCAGGGCUGCGUCCCGCUGCCGCCAAGUAAGGCCGCCUGUUUGCUCGGCUGUCUGGAUCCGUGCACGCCGUCGCCGUGCGGCUCCAACGCGCUGUGCCGCGAGCGUCAGGGCGCGGGGGCGUGCUCGUGCAUGGCGGGCUACCACGGCGACCCGUACACGGGCUGCCGGCCCGAGUGCGUGCAGAACGCCGAGUGCCCGCGCGACCGCGCCUGCCUCAACAACAAGUGUGUGAACCCGUGCCCGGGGACGUGCGGCCGCAACGCCGAGUGCCACGUUGCCCACCACGUGCCCGUGUGCACGUGCGUGGAGGGCUACACGGGCGACCCUCUGUCGGGGUGCCGGCCCGUGCCCGAGCCCGUCGCGCCCCUCGCCGAACCCGUGGACCCGUGCGUGCCGUCGCCGUGCGGCCCGUACUCCGUGUGCCGCAGCCGCGACGGCCUGGCCGUGUGCUCGUGCCAGCUCGGCUACGUCGGCGCGCCGCCCAUGUGCAGGCCCGAGUGCGUGGUGUCGGCCGAGUGCCCGCAGUACCACGCCUGCGUCCGGCAGCGCUGCACCGACCCUUGCCCCGGCACCUGCGGCACGCACGCCCGCUGCCGCGUCGUCAACCACAACCCCAUCUGCAGCUGCGAGCCCGGCUACACCGGCGACCCGUUCGUGCGCUGCCAGCGGGAACCCCCGCGCGUGGUGGCCGUGGUCGAGAACAAGAACCCCUGCUCGCCGUCGCCGUGCGGGCCCAACUCGCACUGCCGCGCGCAGGCGGGCACACCCGUGUGCUCCUGCCUGCCCAACUACGUGGGCGCGCCCAACUGCCGGCCCGAGUGCACCAUCCACUCCGAGUGCCCCAGCAGCAAGGCGUGCCAGAACGAGCGCUGCCGCGACCCCUGCCCCGGCUCGUGCGGCCCGCAGGCCGAGUGCCGCGUCGUCAGCCACGCCCCGCAGUGCUACUGCCGCGUCGGCUUCACCGGGGACCCGUUCUCCGGGUGCCACCCCAUCCCCAUCGCCCUGCCGCCGCCCCAGCAGGAGGAGAGGCAGCCGUGCAACCCGUCGCCGUGCGGCGCCAACGCGGUGUGCCGCGAGCGCAACGGCGCCGGCUCUUGCUCGUGCUUGCCGGAGUACACGGGCGACCCGUACACGGGCUGCCGGCCCGAGUGCGUGCUCAACACGGACUGCCCCCGCGACCGCGCCUGCGUCAACAACAAGUGCGUGGACCCGUGUCCCGGCACUUGCGGCCUCAACGCCGAGUGCCGCGUGGCGAACCACGCGCCGACGUGCACCUGCCUCCCUGGCUACAUCGGCAACGCACUGCAGGCCUGCCACCUGCCCCCGCCCCCACCCCCCGAGGCGCCGAAGAACCCCUGCCGGCCGUCGCCGUGCGGGCCGUACAGCGAGUGUCGCGAGGUGAACGGCCACGCCGUGUGCUCGUGCCAGACCAACUACAUCGGCACGCCGCCGUCCUGCCGGCCCGAGUGCGUCGUCUCGGCGGACUGCGCCCAGGACAAGGCCUGCGUCAACCAGCGCUGCACCGACCCGUGCCCCGGCACGUGCGGCACCAACGCGCGCUGCCAGGUGGUGAACCACAACCCCAUCUGCAGCUGCGCGCCCGGCUUCACCGGCGACCCGUUCGUGCAGUGCCGGCCCGAACAGAAGUCCCCGCCCGUGGCGGUGGAGAGCGGCGACCCGUGCGUGCCUUCGCCGUGCGGGCCCAACUCCAAGUGCCGCGCCGUGGGCAACACCCCGGCCUGCUCCUGCCUGGAGAACUAUGUGGGCCGCGCGCCCAACUGCCGGCCCGAGUGCACCAUCAACGCAGAGUGCCCGGGCAACCUGGCUUGCCAGAACGAGCGUUGUCGCGACCCGUGUCCUGGCUCGUGCGGCCCCCGCGCCACGUGCGUGGUGGUCAAGCACGCCCCCAUGUGCACGUGCGAGCCAGGCACCACGGGCGACCCGUUCGCGGGCUGUUCGCCCAUCCCUGUGGUGGUCCCGACGGAGGGUCCCCGCGAGCCGUGCAACCCGUCGCCGUGCGGCGCCAACGCGGUGUGCCGCGAGCGCAACGGCGCGGGCUCGUGCUCGUGCUUGCCGGAGUACUCCGGGGACCCGUACACGGGCUGCCGGCCCGAGUGCGUCAUCAACACGGACUGCGACCGGUCGCGCGCCUGCCUCAACAACAAGUGCCGCGACCCGUGUCCCGGCGCGUGCGGCCUCAACGCCGAGUGCCGCGUGGCGAACCACGCGCCCUCGUGCUCCUGCCCGCCCGGCUACAGCGGCGACCCGCUCUCUGCUUGCACGCUUGUCCAAGCCAUCGAAGAGGCCCCGCCGACCAACCCGUGCGUGCCGUCGCCGUGUGGGCCCAACAGCAACUGCAAGGAGGUGAACGGGUACGCAGUGUGCUCGUGCCAGCUCAACUACGUGGGCUCCCCGCCCGCGUGCAGGCCCGAGUGCGUGGUGUCUUCGGACUGCCCGCAGAACCAGGCCUGCCUCAACCAGCGCUGUGGUGACCCUUGCCCUGGCACGUGCGGCACCAACGCGCGCUGCCAGGUGGUGAACCACAACCCCAUCUGCAGCUGUCCUCCAGGCAACACGGGCGACCCGUUCGUGCGAUGUGUUAUCGAACAGCAACCUUCCACUUCGCCCCGCCCCAGCAACCCCUGCGUCCCGUCCCCCUGCGGGCCUAACUCUCAGUGCCGCGUGGUGGGCGACUCGCCCGCGUGCUCCUGCCUGGCCAACUACCUGGGCCGGCCGCCCAACUGCCGGCCCGAGUGCGUCACGAGCGCAGAGUGCCCCGCCAACCUGGCGUGCCAGAACGAGCGCUGCGUGGACCCCUGCCCGGGGUCCUGCGGUCGCCUCGCGCUGUGCGCCGUGGUCAACCACAGCCCCGUGUGCACGUGCCCCCCGGGCCACGUAGGCGACGCCUUUGUCGCCUGCACGCCCGCACCCGUCACAUCCACGGAGCGCCAGCCGCCGCCGAACCCCUGCGUGCCGUCGCCGUGCGGCCCCAACGCCGAGUGCCGCGAGCGCGGCGGCGCGGGCGCCUGCUUCUGCCUGCAGGGCUACCAGGGCAACCCGUACGACGGCCAGGGCUGCCGCCGCGAGUGCGAGUCCAGCUCGGACUGCGCGCAGUCCCUGGCCUGCAUCGGCUUCAAGUGCGUGGACCCUUGUCCCGGCACUUGCGGUACCGCCGCCAUCUGCACCGUCGCCAACCACGUGCCCGUCUGCUCCUGCCCCGAGGGCUUCACCGGGGACCCCUUCUUCUCCUGCAGAGCCGUGCCCAUUGCUCCGGCCCGCGCCCCCUUGGACCCGUGCGUGCCGUCGCCGUGCGGCCCGAACAGCCAGUGCCGCGCCGUCAACGACCAGGCCGUGUGCUCGUGCCUGCAGGGCUACAUCGGCGCGCCGCCGCAGUGUAGGCCCGAGUGCGUGGUGAGCUCCGAGUGCCCGCUGGACCGCGCCUGCAUCAACCAGAAGUGCGCCGACCCCUGCCCCAACACGUGCGGCGUCCGCGCCCAGUGCACCGUCCGCAACCACAACCCCAUCUGCGCCUGUCCGCCCGGUUUCACGGGAGACCCGUUCCUGCAGUGCUCGCCGCAACCCGUCGCUCCGGUCGCCGCCCCGACCGAGCGUCCGCCAUCCUGUGUGCCAUCCCCUUGUGGGCCCAACUCGCUGUGCCAACUAGUCGGCGGCGUGCCAGCCUGCUCCUGCCUCCCGGACCACAUCGGCGCCCCGCCCAACUGCCGGCCGGAGUGCGUCCUGAGCGCGGACUGCCCCAGCCAGCAGGCGUGCGUGCGCCAGCGCUGCCGAGACCCUUGUCCCGGCUCGUGCGGCUCCAACGCCAACUGCCACGUCAUCAACCACGUGCCCGUGUGCACCUGCAACGAGGGGCACACCGGCGACCCGUUCACCGCCUGCUCACCCAUUCCGAUUACCACGCCACCACCGCUCGCCAGCGACCCCUGCAACCCGUCGCCCUGCGGCCCCAACGCGCUGUGCCGCGAUGGCGCCUGCUCGUGCCUGCCCGAGUACAGCGGCAACCCGUACGAGGCGUGCCGGCCCGAGUGCGUGGUGAACCCCGAGUGCCCGCGCGACCGCGCCUGCCUGCGUCAGAAGUGCCGCGACCCUUGCCCUGGGACGUGCGGCAGCAACGCGCGCUGCGACGUGGUCAACCACAUCCCCGUCUGCUCCUGCCCCGAAGGCUACACCGGAGACCCGUUCUCCAACUGCCGCCUCGCCCCGCAGCAACUGCCGCCGGAGCGCAGCGACCCCUGCCAGCCGUCGCCGUGCGGCCCCAACAGUCAGUGCCGCGCCGUGGACAACCACGCCGUGUGCUCGUGCCUCACGGGCUUCGUGGGCGCGCCGCCGCAGUGCCGCCCAGAGUGCGUCGUCAGCUCCGAGUGCGCGCAGACGCUGGCCUGCGUCAACCAGAAGUGCACCGACCCGUGCCUCGGCUCGUGCGGCAUCAACGCGCGCUGCCAGGUCAUCAACCACAACCCCAUCUGCAGCUGUCGGGACGGCCAGACCGGAGACCCAUUCCGCAGCUGCCACGACCUGCCACCGCCGCCACCCGUCGUGAUCGAAGACGUCCCCGUCAACCCGUGCGUGCCGUCGCCGUGCGGGCCCAACUCGCAAUGCCAGCCGCGCGACAGGGCGCCCGUCUGCUCCUGCCUGCCCAACUACAUCGGGGCGCCGCCCGCCUGCCGGCCCGAGUGCGUCAUCAACCCGGACUGCCCCAGCACCCAGGCCUGCGUCAACCAGCGCUGCCGCGACCCGUGCCCGGGCUCGUGCGGCACCAACGCCGAGUGCCACGUCGUCAGCCACACCGUCAGCUGCACCUGCGCGCCGGGCUUCACCGGCAACGCCUUCGUGCAGUGCUUCCCGCAGCAACAGGAAGUGAUCAACCCGUGCGAGCCUUCGCCGUGUGGCGCCAACGCCGAGUGCCGGCAACGCAACGGCGCGGGCGCGUGCAGCUGCAUCGCUGACUACCAGGGCAACCCGUACGAGGGCUGCCGGCCCGAGUGCGUUCUUUCCGCCGACUGCCCCACCGACCGCGCGUGCGUGCGCAACAAGUGCCAGGACCCGUGUCCCGGCGUGUGCGGCGCGCAGGCGCAGUGCUCCGUCAUCAACCACGUGCCGACGUGCACCUGCCUGCCGGGACUCAUCGGCGACCCGUUCCGCUCGUGCCGCCAGCCGCCGCAAGCCGUGGAGCCCGUGGAGGUGGUGCAGCCGUGCACGCCGUCACCGUGCGGGCCCAACAGCCUGUGCCGCGAGGUGAACGACCAGGCCGUGUGCACCUGCAUGCCCGAGUACACGGGCAGCCCGCCCAACUGCCGACCCGAGUGCGUCGUCAACGCCGAGUGCCAGCAGACCCGAGCCUGCUACCGCUUCAAGUGUACCGACCCCUGCCCUGGAACUUGCGGGACUGGAGCGCGCUGCCAGGUGGUGAACCACAACCCCAUCUGCAGCUGCCCGCCGGGCCUGAUCGGCGACCCGUUCGUGCGCUGCACGCAGCCGCCGCCACCGCCGCCACCACUGGCCAUCCCCGAGCCCGUCAACCCCUGCGUGCCGUCGCCCUGCGGGCCCAACUCGCAGUGCCGCGACGUCGGCGGGGUACCGUCCUGCUCUUGCCGAGCGGAGUUCGUCGGCGCGCCGCCCAACUGCCGUCCCGAGUGCAGCGUCAACACGGACUGCGCGCCCACGCAGGCCUGCAUCUCCAGCAAGUGCCGCGACCCGUGUCCAGGCUCCUGCGGCUUCAACGCCGAGUGCCGCGUGCAGAACCACAUCCCCAUCUGCACGUGCAUGGCGUCGUACACCGGCGACCCGUUCACGCAGUGCUCGCCCAUCGUGAUCCCCGCCACGCCACCGCCCGCCACCGACCCUUGCAACCCGUCGCCGUGCGGCCCCAACGCGCAGUGUCGCGACGGCGCCUGCUCCUGCCUGCCGCUCUUCUUCGGCGACCCGUACUCGGGCUGCCGGCCGGAGUGCACCAUGAACUCGGACUGCCCGCGGACGCGCGCCUGCGCCAACCAGCGCUGCAAGGACCCGUGCCCCGGGACUUGCGGCCAAGGCGCGCUGUGCGAGGUCAUCAACCACAUCCCGUCGUGCAGCUGCCCCACCGGCACGUCCGGCGACCCGUUCACGGCGUGCCGCGUGGUGCAGGCCGUGGAGGCCCCGGUGGACCCGUGCCAGCCGUCGCCCUGCGGCCCCAACAGCCUCUGCCGCGUCGCCAACGGCGUGGCCGUCUGCACCUGCCAAGCCAACUUCGUGGGCUCGCCACCGUCGUGCCGCCCCGAGUGCGUCGUGUCCGCCGAGUGCCCGCUCACGCAGGCCUGCCUGGCCAACAAGUGCAAGGACCCCUGCCCCGGAACAUGUGGCCUCAACGCGCGCUGCCAGGUGGUGAACCACAACCCCAUCUGCAGCUGUGCGCCGGGCAACACCGGCGACCCGUUCCGAGGAUGCUACCCGAUACCAGUCCAAGCCGCGCCGCCCGAACCCAUCGACCCGUGCCGGCCGUCGCCGUGCGGCCCCAACGCCGAGUGCCAGGUCCGCGGCGGCAGCCCCGCCUGCUCCUGCCUGGUCAACUACAUCGGCGCGCCGCCCAACUGCCGGCCGGAAUGCACCAUCAACCCCGAGUGCGCGAGCCGCCUGGCCUGCAUGAACCAGCGCUGCGGCGACCCCUGCCCGGGCUCGUGCGGCCCCAACGCCCGCUGCUCCGUCAUCAACCACACGCCCGUGUGCAGCUGCGACGCCGGCUUCACUGGCGACCCAUUCAGCGGCUGCCAGCCGGUCAGAGGUAGGCCGCGACCGCCAGCACUGAACCCGUGCGAGCCCUCGCCCUGCGGCGCCAACGCAGUGUGCCGCGUGCGCGGGGGCGCGGGCUCGUGCGCGUGCCUGCCGGAGUACAUCGGCAACCCGUACGAGGGCUGCCGGCCCGAGUGCGUCGUCAACUCGGACUGCGCGCCCAGUCUGGCGUGCGUGCGCAACAAGUGUCAGGACCCGUGCCCGGGCACGUGCGCGCAGAACGCCGACUGCCGCGUGGUCAACCACCUUCCGACUUGCUCGUGUCGACCCGGCUAUACGGGCGACCCCUUCUCUUUCUGCCGACCAGAACCUCCUCCAUCUGUGGCUGUGCUAGAGCAGCCUGUAGACCCCUGCCGGCCUUCGCCAUGCGGCCCCAACAGCCAGUGCAGGGAGAUCAACGGCCAGGCCGUGUGCUCGUGCUUGCCCACGUACACGGGCAGCCCGCCGGCCUGCAGGCCAGAGUGCGUGGUCAGCUCGGAGUGCGCGCAGGACAAGGCCUGCAUCAACAUGAAGUGCGUGAACCCGUGCCCCGGGCCGUGCGCGCCCAACGCCCGCUGCCACGUGCGCAACCACAGCCCGAUCUGCUCUUGCCCGGCGGGCUACACGGGCGAGCCUUUCUCGAGGUGCUACCCCAUCCCUCCACCGCCACCGAUAAUAGAGGCCGAGCCAGUUCACGUAGACCCGUGCGUGCCGUCGCCGUGCGGCGCGAACGCCGAGUGCCGGCGCGUGGGAGACUCGCCGUCGUGCUCCUGCCGGCCCGGCUACUUCGGCUCGCCGCCCAACUGCCGGCCCGAGUGCACCAUCAACCCCGAGUGCCCCAGCAACCUGGCCUGCAUGCAGCUCAAGUGCCGCGACCCGUGCCCGGGCUCGUGCGGCGCCAACGCGCACUGCAGCGUCAUCAACCACACACCCGUGUGCUCGUGCUUGGAAGGGUACACUGGUGACCCGUUCGUAAGCUGUCAGCUCAAACCACCGGUCUUGCAAGAGCCCGUUGUGGUGGACCCGUGCAACCCGUCGCCCUGCGGCUCCAACGCACAGUGUCGCGACGGCGUCUGUACCUGCCUGCCCGAGUACCAGGGCGACCCGUACCGCGGCUGCAGGCCGGAGUGCAUCAUGAGCUCUGAGUGCGCCCUGAACCAGGCCUGCAUGCGCUACAAAUGCAAAGACCCGUGUCCGGGAACGUGCGGCCAGGGCGCCAGAUGCGAAGUCAUCAACCACAUCCCCACCUGCACGUGCCCGCCGGGCACCGAGGGCAGCCCCUUCAUAUCCUGCAGGCCCGUGCAGCAAGAGCCAGUCUACGUCAACCCGUGCCAGCCGUCUCCCUGCGGCCCCAACAGCCAGUGCAGAGAAGUGAACGGGCAGGGCGUGUGCUCCUGCGUGCCCGGCUUCAUCGGAAGCCCUCCGGCCUGCAGGCCCGAGUGCGUGGUCAACGCGGAGUGCCCCUUGAACCAGGCCUGCAGCAACCAGAAGUGCAGGGACCCCUGUCCCGGGACGUGCGGAAUCCAAGCCAGAUGCAACGUGGUCAACCACAACCCCUUCUGCGUGUGUCCAGAUGGGUACACCGGAGACCCGUUCAUACGCUGCUCACCUCGACCCCCUGAACCACUUGCCGAACCAACCCAGCCGUGCCAGCCUUCUCCCUGCGGACCCCACGCAGAGUGCCGCGUUGCAGGCGACCAGCCAUCCUGUUCCUGUCAUGCUGGCUUCCUCGGCUCCCCGCCCAACUGCAGACCCGAAUGCGUCACCAAUUCGGAGUGCGCUUCGCACUUGGCUUGCAUCAGGAACAAGUGCAAGGACCCCUGCCCCGGGACGUGUGGACAGAACGCCGAGUGCAGAGUGGUCAGCCAUUCCGCCCGAUGUGUGUGCAUUGUCGGCUACACUGGUGAUCCGUUCGUGCAGUGCAACUUCGUCCAGCCGACCAUUCAGCAGGAACAACUUAACCCGUGCCAGCCGUCGCCCUGCGGAGCAAACGCCAUCUGCCGGGAGCAGAACGGAGCAGGAUCUUGCACCUGUCUGCCAGAGUACAUCGGCAACCCCUACGAAGGCUGCCGACCAGAGUGCACCAUCAAUGCGGACUGCCCCACGAACCGAGCUUGCAUCAGAAACAAGUGCCAAGACCCUUGUCCAGGGACGUGCGGCCAGAACGCAGACUGCCAGGUGGUGAACCAUCUGCCGCAGUGUACCUGCUGGCCGGGCUACACUGGAGAUCCAUUCCGUUUCUGCAACAACAUUCCACCCCAGGCCGUUGAGGCUGAACCACCUCCACGAAACCCUUGCCAGCCAUCGCCAUGUGGACCCAACAGCCAGUGCAGAGAGAUUAACCAGCAAGCCGUCUGCUCGUGCCUGCCGACAUACGUGGGCACGCCGCCAGGCUGCAGGCCGGAGUGCACCGUCAGUUCGGAAUGCCCCCAGGACAAGGCCUGUCUCAACCAGAAGUGCGUCAACCCGUGCCCGGGACCCUGUGCGCCCAACGCUCAAUGCUUUGUCAGGAAUCACAGCCCCAUCUGCAGCUGCAGUCAAGGGUUUACUGGAGAUCCGUUUUCGCGAUGCGUCCCUAUUCCUCCUCCUCCACCGGUGCACUACGCUGAGCCGGUCUACGUGGACCCGUGCGUGCCGUCGCCGUGCGGCGCGAACGCCGAGUGCCGGCGCGUGGGAGACUCGCCGUCGUGCUCCUGCCGGCCCGGCUACUUCGGCUCGCCGCCCAACUGCCGGCCCGAGUGCACCAUCAACCCCGAGUGCCCCAGCAACCUGGCCUGCAUGCAGCUCAAGUGCCGCGACCCGUGCCCGGGCUCGUGCGGCGCCAACGCGCACUGCAGCGUCAUCAACCACACGCCCGUGUGCACGUGCCCCGACGGCUACACCGGCGACCCCUUCUCCAACUGCUUCCCCAGGCCGCCUCCACUGCAAGAGCCGGUCGUCAGCGACCCCUGCAACCCGUCGCCGUGCGGGCCCAACGCGCAGUGCAACAACGGAAUCUGCACCUGCCUGCCCGAGUAUCAGGGCGACCCGUACCGCGGCUGCAGGCCGGAGUGCAUCAUGAGCUCUGAGUGCGCACGCAACUUGGCCUGCAUGAGGAACAAAUGCAAGGAUCCUUGCCCUGGCACCUGCGGCCAGGGUGCCCUUUGCGAGGUCAUCAACCACGUGCCCACCUGCACCUGUCCUCCUGGAACGGAGGGAAGCCCCUUCAUAUCUUGCCGACCCGUACAACAAGAGCCAAUCUACGUCAACCCCUGCAUCCCGUCGCCCUGCGGCCCCAACAGCAUCUGUCGCGAAGUGAACGGCCAGGGCGUGUGCUCGUGCGUGCGGGGCUACAUCGGCGCCCCGCCCACCUGUCGGCCAGAGUGCGUGGUGUCGGCGGAGUGCCCGCUCAACCAGGCCUGCAGCAACCAGAAGUGCAUCGACCCUUGCCCGGGAACCUGCGGCAUUAACGCUCGCUGCAACGUGGUCAACCACAACCCGAUCUGCUCAUGCCCGCCGCAGUACAGUGGUGAUCCGUUUGUGCGUUGCUCACCUAUUGUGUACGACCCUCUCCCAACGCCGCCACAGCCGUGCCAGCCGUCACCCUGCGGCCCCAACGCCGAAUGCAGGGUGGUGGCGGACCAGCCCUCGUGCUCGUGCCUGGCCGGCUACGUGGGGGCGCCGCCGCAGUGCCGCCCAGAGUGCGUGUCCAACUCGGAGUGCGCCCAGCACCUGGCCUGCAUCAACCAGAAGUGCCGCGACCCUUGCCCCGGCACCUGCGGCCAGAACGCCGAGUGCCGCGUGGUCAGCCACACGCCGCGCUGCGUCUGCGUGGCCGGCUACACUGGCGACCCGUUCGUCCAGUGUCUGGUCGUGCAAUCGAUCCCCGUGGAAGAGCGACCGACGCCGUGCCAGCCGUCUCCGUGCGGAGCCAACGCCGUCUGCCGCGAGCAGAACGGAGCAGGAUCAUGCACUUGCCUGCCGGAGUACAUCGGAAACCCGUACGAAGGCUGCCGGCCUGAGUGCGUUGUCAACUCGGACUGCCCCUCGAACAAGGCCUGCAUUCGCAACAAGUGCAUGGACCCGUGUCCUGGAACAUGCGGCCAGAACGCUGACUGUCAGGUGGUGUACCACCUGCCGCAGUGUACCUGCUGGCCCGGUUACACCGGAGACCCGUUCAGGUUCUGCAAUGUGGUCCCAGUGGAGCAGCCUCAAGUACAAGCAGCGCCUGUCAACCCGUGCCACCCCUCGCCGUGCGGCCCCAACAGCCAAUGCCGCGAGGUGAACGAACAGGCCGUGUGCUCUUGCCUGCCAACGUAUAUUGGCACGCCGCCCGCCUGCCGCCCCGAAUGCACCACCAGUUCGGAGUGCGCGCAGAACAAGGCCUGCAUCAACCGGAAAUGCGCCGACCCGUGUCCGGGAACGUGCGGCCAGAACGCUCGCUGCAACGUGGUGAACCACAGCCCCAUCUGCAGCUGCCCGCCGGGACAGACCGGAGACCCGUUCGCCCGCUGCUUCCCACUACCACCCCCGCUGCCACCACAAGAGUCCCCGCCGCCGUACCGCAACCCCUGCGUGCCGUCGCCGUGCGGGCCCAACUCGCAGUGCCGCGACGCCAACGGCAGCCCGUCGUGCUCCUGCCUACCCAACUACUUCGGGGCGCCGCCGAACUGCCGGCCCGAGUGCACCAUCAACCCCGAGUGCCCCAGCAACCUGGCCUGCAUGCAGCUCAAGUGCCGCGACCCGUGCCCGGGCUCGUGCGGCGCCAACGCGCACUGCAGCGUCAUCAACCACACGCCCGUGUGCACGUGCCCCGACGGCUACACCGGCGACCCCUUCUCCAACUGCUUCCCCAAGCCACCUCCACUGCAAGAGCCUGUCGUGGUGGACCCCUGCAAUCCAUCACCCUGUGGGCCCAACGCACAGUGUCGCGACGGCGUUUGCACCUGCCUGCCGGAGUACCAGGGCGACCCGUACCGCGGCUGCAGGCCCGAAUGCGUGCUGAGCUCCGACUGCCCGCGUGACAAGGCCUGCAUCAGGAACAAGUGCAAGGACCCGUGCCCAGGCACCUGCGGCUCCAACGCCAUCUGCGCCGUGGUGAACCACGUGCCGCACUGCAGCUGUCCGGAAGGCACCGCUGGCAACGCGUUCAUCGAGUGCAGGCCCAUCCCGCCGCCAGUGGUCACCAACCCCUGCUACCCGUCGCCCUGCGGACCCAACAGCCAGUGCAGAGAGAUCAACAGCCAGGCCGUGUGCUCGUGCGUGCCGGGCUACAUCGGCUCGCCGCCGUCCUGCAGACCCGAGUGCGUCGUCAGCUCAGAGUGCCCUCAAAACGAGGCGUGUACGAAUCAAAAGUGCCGCGACCCUUGUCCGGGCACCUGCGGUAUUGGCGCCAAAUGCUCGGUGGUGAACCACAACCCCAUCUGCAGCUGCCCUCCGCGCCAAACCGGAGACCCCUUCGUGCGCUGCCAGCCCAUACUGGAGGAACCUGUUUACGUGCCGCCUUCGAACCCCUGCCAGCCGUCGCCGUGCGGCCCCAACGCCGAGUGCAGGGUGGUGGGCGAGUCGCCGUCCUGCUCCUGCCGCGUGGGCUACGUGGGCGCGCCCCCCAACUGCCGGCCCGAGUGCGUCACCAACAGCGAAUGCGCGCAGCACCUGGCCUGCGUCAACCAGAAGUGCAAGGACCCUUGCCCCGGGACGUGCGGCGCCAACGCUAACUGCCGCGUCGUCAGCCACGCCCCCAACUGCUACUGCCUGCCGGGCUACGUGGGCGACCCGUUCACCGCGUGCAGCUUGCCACAGCAAGCUCCAGUUGAGUAUAUCAACCCGUGCCAGCCGUCGCCGUGCGGAGCGAACGCCAUCUGCCGCGAACAGAAUGGAGCAGGAUCGUGCACCUGUCUGCCAGAGUACAUUGGAAACCCUUACGAAGGCUGCCGGCCUGAGUGCACCAUCAACUCGGACUGUCCGUCCAACAAGGCUUGCAUCAGGAACAAGUGUCAAGACCCGUGCCCUGGAACGUGUGGACAGAAUGCAGACUGCCAGGUGGUGAACCAUCUGCCGCAGUGUACGUGCUGGCCGGGAUACACUGGUGAUCCGUUCAGGUUCUGCAGUGUGAUUCCACCGCCGCCACCUCAGGCUGACCCACCGCCAAGGAACCCGUGCCAGCCGUCACCCUGCGGCCCCAACAGCCAGUGCAGGGAGAUCAACGGCCAGGCCGUGUGCUCGUGCCUGCCCACCUACAUCGGCAGCCCGCCAGGCUGCAGGCCAGAGUGCACCGUGUCAUCCGAGUGUCCCCACAACAAGGCCUGCGUCAACCAGAAGUGCGUGGACCCUUGUCCCGGAACCUGCGGCCAGAACGCUCAAUGCAAUGUGGUGAACCACAGCCCCAUCUGCAGCUGCAUUCAAGGAUACACUGGUGAUCCGUUCUCAAGAUGCUUCCCGAUUCCACCUCCACCACCGCCUCCAUUACAAGAACCGGUCUACGUGGACCCUUGCGUCCCGUCGCCCUGUGGCCCGAACGCGGAAUGCCGCAGGGUGGGCGACAGCCCAUCGUGCUCGUGCAGACCAGGGUACAUCGGCUCGCCGCCAAGCUGCCGACCGGAGUGCGUGAUCAACCCCGAGUGCCCCAGCAACCUGGCCUGCAUGAGGGAGAAGUGCCGCGACCCGUGCCCGGGCUCGUGCGGCGCCAACGCGCACUGCAGCGUCAUCAACCACACGCCCGUGUGCACGUGCCCCGACGGCUACACCGGCGACCCCUUCUCCAACUGCUUCCCCAAGCCACCUCCACUGCAAGAGCCUGUCGUGGUGGACCCCUGCAAUCCAUCACCCUGUGGGCCCAACGCACAGUGUCGCGACGGCGUUUGCACCUGCCUGCCGGAGUACCAGGGCGACCCGUACCGCGGCUGCAGGCCCGAAUGCGUGCUGAGCUCGGACUGCCCGCGCGACAAGGCGUGCAUCAGGAACAAGUGCAAGGACCCGUGCCCUGGCACCUGCGGCUCCAACGCCAUCUGCGCCGUGGUGAACCACGUGCCGCACUGCAGCUGUCCGGAAGGCACCGCUGGCAACGCGUUCAUCGAGUGCAGGCCCAUCCCGCCGCCAGUGGUCACCAACCCCUGCUACCCGUCGCCCUGCGGACCCAACAGCCAGUGCAGAGAGAUCAACAGCCAGGCCGUGUGCUCGUGCGUGCCGGGCUACAUCGGCUCGCCGCCGUCCUGCAGACCCGAGUGCGUCGUCAGCUCCGAGUGCCCGCUCAACCAAGCCUGCCUCAACCAGAAAUGCCGCGACCCGUGCCCUGGCACUUGUGGUAUCGCCGCCAAAUGCACGGUGGUGAACCACAACCCCAUCUGCAGCUGCCCGCCACGCUACACUGGAGACCCCUUCGUGCGCUGCCAGCCGAUCGUUGUGGCGCUGGACGUGCCUGAACCAGCGCGGCCCUGCCAGCCGUCGCCGUGCGGCCCCAACGCGGAGUGCCGCGCCGUCGGCGACUCCCCGUCCUGCUCGUGCCUGCCCGGCAUGAUCGGCGCGCCGCCCAACUGCCGCCCGGAGUGCGUGUCCAACUCGGAGUGCGCCUUCCACCUGGCCUGCAUCAACCAGAAGUGCAAGGACCCCUGCCCCGGCACUUGCGCGCCCAACGCCGAGUGCCGCGUGGUGAGUCACGCCCCGAACUGCAUCUGCCCCAUCGGCUUCAACGGCGACCCCUUCGUGCAGUGCAACCCCGUGCAGCAGCCCGUCGUGUACGACUACGUCAACCCGUGCCAGCCGUCGCCGUGCGGCGCGAACGCCAUCUGCCGCGAACAGAACGGGGCUGGGUCGUGCACCUGCCUGCCUGAGUACAUCGGCAACCCGUACGAAGGCUGUCGGCCGGAAUGUGUCAUCAAUUCCGACUGCCCGUCCAACAAGGCCUGCAUCAGGAACAAGUGCAUGGACCCGUGCCCAGGGACGUGCGGCCAGAACGCGGACUGCCAGGUGGUGAACCAUCUGCCACAGUGUACCUGCUGGCCGGGAUACACUGGAGAUCCGUUUAGAUUCUGCAACCAUAUUCCACCCCAAGCCGUGGAGGCUGAACCGCCGCCAAGGAACCCGUGCCAGCCUUCACCCUGCGGCCCCAAUAGCCAGUGUAGGGAAAUCAACGGCCAGGCCGUGUGCUCGUGCUUGCCGACGUUCAUCGGCAGCCCGCCUGCCUGCCGCCCCGAAUGCACCGUCAGCUCCGAGUGUCCGUUCGACAAGGCCUGCGUCAACCAGAAGUGCAUCAACCCUUGCCCCGGCCACUGCGCCGCCAACGCUCGCUGCGACGUCCGGAACCACAGCCCUAUCUGCAGCUGCAUUGCGGGAUACACUGGCGAUCCCUUCAGCCGCUGCUUCCCGAUUCCACCGCCUCCACCGCCACCUGCAGAUCCCCCGGUGUACGUCAACCCGUGCGUGCCGUCGCCGUGCGGCCCGCACGCCGUCUGCCAGGCCAUCGGUGACAGGCCGUCGUGCUCUUGCCUCCCCACCUAUAUCGGCACGCCGCCAAGCUGCCGGCCCGAGUGUACCAUCAACCCCGAGUGCCCCAGCAACCUGGCCUGCAUGAGGGAGAAGUGCCGCGACCCGUGCCCGGGCUCGUGCGGCGCCAACGCGCACUGCAGCGUCAUCAACCACACGCCCGUGUGCACGUGCCCCGACGGCUACACCGGCGACCCCUUCUCCAACUGCUUCCCCAGGCCGCCUCCACCGCAAGAGCCGGUGGCAAGCGACCCCUGCAACCCGUCGCCGUGCGGGCCCAACGCGCAGUGCAACAACGGAAUCUGCACCUGCCUGCCCGAGUACCAGGGCGACCCGUACCGCGGCUGCAGGCCGGAGUGCAUCAUGAGCUCUGAGUGCGCACGCAACUUGGCCUGCAUGAGGAACAAAUGCAAGGAUCCUUGCCCUGGCACCUGCGGCCAGGGUGCCCUUUGCGAGGUCAUCAACCACGUGCCCACCUGCACCUGUCCUCCUGGAACGGAGGGAAGCCCCUUCAUAUCUUGCCGACCCGUACAACAAGAGCCAAUCUACGUCAACCCCUGCAUCCCCUCGCCCUGCGGCCCCAACAGCAUCUGUCGCGAAGUGAACGGCCAGGGCGUGUGCUCGUGCGUGCGGGGCUACAUCGGCGCCCCGCCCACCUGCCGGCCAGAGUGCGUGGUGUCGGCGGAGUGCCCGCUCAACCAGGCCUGCAGCAACCAGAAGUGCAUCGACCCUUGCCCGGGAACCUGCGGCAUUAACGCUCGCUGCAACGUGGUCAACCACAACCCGAUCUGCUCAUGCCCGCCGCAGUACAGUGGUGAUCCGUUUGUGCGUUGCUCACCUAUUGUGUACGACCCUCUCCCAACGCCGCCACAGCCGUGCCAGCCGUCACCCUGCGGCCCCAACGCCGAAUGCAGGGUGGUGGCGGACCAGCCCUCGUGCUCGUGCCUGGCCGGCUACGUGGGGGCGCCGCCGCAGUGCCGCCCAGAGUGCGUCUCCAACUCGGAGUGCGCCCAGCACCUGGCCUGCAUCAACCAGAAGUGCCGCGACCCUUGCCCCGGCACCUGCGGCCAGAACGCCGAGUGCCGCGUGGUCAGCCACACGCCGCGCUGCGUCUGCGUGGCCGGCUACACUGGCGACCCGUUCGUCCAGUGUCUGGUCGUGCAAUCGAUCCCCGUGGAAGAGCGACCGACGCCGUGCCAGCCGUCUCCGUGCGGAGCCAACGCCGUCUGCCGCGAGCAGAACGGAGCAGGAUCAUGCACUUGCCUGCCGGAGUACAUGGGAAAACCCCGUACGAAGGCUCCCGGCCCCUGAUGCGUUGUCAACUCGGACUGCCCCUCGAACAAGGCCUGCAUUCGCAACAAGUGCAUGGACCCGUGUCCUGGAACAUGCGGCCAGAGCGACUGCCAGGUGGUGUACCACCUGCCGCAGUGUACCUGCUGGCCCGGUUACACCGGAGACCCGUUCAGGUUCUGCAAUGUGGUCCCAGUGGAGCACUCAAGUCAAGCAGCGCCUGUCAACCCGUGCCACCCCUCGCCGUGCGGCCCCAACAGCCAAUCGGAGGUGAACGAACAGGCCGUGUGCUCUUGCCUGCCAACGUAUAUUGGCACGCCGCCCGCCUGCCGGCCCGAAUGCACCACCAGUUCGGAGUGCGCGCAGAACAAGGCCCGCAUCAACCGGAAAGCGCCACCCGUGUCCGGAACGUGCGGCCAGAACGCGCGCUGCCACGUGGUGAACCACAGCCCCAUCUGCAGCUGCCCGCCGGGACAGACCGGAGACCCGUUCGCCCGCUGCUUCCCACUACCACGUAACCCCGCUGCCACCACAAGAGUCCCCGCCGCCGUACCGCAACCCUGCGUGCCGUCGCCGUGCGGGCCCAACUCGCAGUGCCGCGACGCCAACGGCAGCCCCUCGUGCUCCUGCCUACCCAACUACUUCGGCCCGCCGAACUGCCGGCCCGAGUGCACCAUCCCCCGAGUGCCCCCCAACCUGGCCUGCAUGAGGGGAAAAUGCCGCGACCCGUGCCCGGGCUCGUGCGGCGCCAACGCGCACUGCAGCGUCAUCAACCACACGCCCGUGUGCACGUGUCUGCCCGGCUACACCGGCGACCCCUUCUCCACGUGCCGCCCUGUUCCGCCGCCUCCGCCGGUGCCGCAGGCCGUAGACCCGUGCAACCCGUCGCCGUGCGGGCCGAACGCACAGUGCCGCGACGGCGUUUGCACGUGCCUGCCGGAGUACUUCGGCGACCCGUACCGCGGCUGCCGUCCGGAGUGCGUCCUGAACCAGGACUGUCCCCGCGACAAGGCUUGCCGCCGCAACAAAUGCGUGGACCCGUGCCCCGGGACGUGCGGCCAGCUGGCCACGUGCCUGGUGCAGAACCACGUGCCGACGUGUGUGUGUCCGGAAGGCAUGACCGGCGACCCGUUCGUGUUCUGCCACCCCAACCCACCCCCGGUGCGGAGAGACCCGUGCAACCCGUCCCCUUGUGGGCCCAACAGCGUGUGCCGCGCGCAGCACGAUCAGGCCGUCUGCUCGUGCUUGCCGGGGUACUUCGGGGCGCCGCCCGGCUGCAGACCCGAGUGCGUGGUCUCGGCCGAGUGCGCCCCGGUGCGCGCGUGCAUCAACAUGCACUGCGUGGACCCGUGCCCCGGCACGUGCGGGCUGGGCGCGCGCUGCGUGGUCCAGAACCACAACCCCAUCUGCAGCUGCCCCGCCCCGCUCGUGGGAGACCCCUUCACCAGAUGCAUGCCGCUGCGUAAGCACUGUCUCUUUUCCGCCCUACUCCCGCAGGCGCGGCCCGGGGCGAGGCUGCGUGACGGCACUGCGGCUGUUACUCCUGGAAGGGAGCCUCUGUCCGUACACUGUCCGACGUUCUGCUUCGCCCGGUCCGCUCUCUGCGACCUCGGCGAGACGAUGGCAGCUGAAUCGCGCGGGACUUUCGAAAUAGCUUUGCUGUUACUUCAACUUUUCGAUCGAUCCGGGCUGUCUCUUCGUCUCGCUGAGUGGGAGCUUCUCUGUACUAUACAUUUAAUUUUCAUUUUUUCAACCUUUUACAUUUUACUUUCAUGUUUCUCAUUUCAAUCUAAAAAAUUCUUGAACUUUACAAUUUCAAACUUAUUUCCCAUUGUGUAUGAUACUCAUUGCUCAAGGUGUAGCCAUUCUUCUGUUGCUUGUGUGUACAUUAUGGCACGUGAAGUGCUGCAACCUUCUUCAACUUUACUGUGUUCCUACUCUUUAAAAUUUCUCUCGUUUUCUUUUCACACAAAUCUUUCUCUUUCGAGUUACUUUGGACUUGUUUCCUCCUUAAUUUCACCCUUGCGGCCCGUCCUCGCCGAACCCAGCCCGCCCCGAGACCCGUGCGUGCCGUCGCCGUGCGGCCCGUACGCGCUGUGCGCCGUGGCCGGCGGGCCCGGAGGCUCGCCGUCGUGCACCUGCCUGGCGGGGUACUUGGGCGCGCCGCCGCACUGCCGCCCCGAGUGCGUUGUCAAUAGCGACUGUGCCAGCAGCCUGGCCUGCAUCAACCAGAAGUGCCGCGACCCGUGCCCGGGCUCGUGCGGCGUGGCCGCCGAGUGCCGCGUCGUGGCCCACGUGCCCAACUGCGUGUGCCCGCUGGGCUACGAGGGCGACCCCUUCUCGUACUGCCAGCCCAGGAAACGUAAGCACCACCCCGACGACGCGCUGAGGAGCCUGCCCUGCCGGGCCCUGCCCGCCGCCGACAACGAAGAGAACUGCCACCCUUCGGAGUCCGUGGCGGGCCGCGCCGAACCCAUCGCGCCGACCGCCGCGCCGGACCCGUGCCGGCCGUCGCCGUGCGGCCCCAACGCGCGCUGCCGCGUCCAGGGCGGCUACGGCGUGUGCGAGUGCGACCCCGAGUACCACGGCAACCCCUACGAGGGCUGCCGGCCGGAGUGCCUCGUCAGCUCGGACUGCCCGAUGAACCGCGCCUGCAUCCGCAACAAGUGCGGCGACCCGUGCCCCGGCACCUGCGGCGUCAACGCCAUCUGCACCGUGUCCAACCACAUCCCCAUCUGCACCUGUCCGGAGGGCUCCACCGGCGACGCGUUCCGGAUCUGCCAGCCCACGCGCAGAGAGGAGACCGUCCACCGCGACCCCUGCGUGCCGUCGCCGUGCGGCCCCAACGCGCGCUGCCGCUCGGUGGGCGACAACGCGGUGUGCGAGUGCCUGGCCGGCUUCUUCGGCUCGCCGUCGUCGUCCAGCGGCUGCCGGCCCGAGUGUGUCAUCAGCGCCGACUGCCCGCGCGACCGCGCCUGCGCCAACACCAAGUGCGUGGACCCGUGCCCCGGCACGUGCGGCUACGGCGCGCGCUGCGUCGUCGUCAACCACAGCCCCGUCUGCAGCUGCCCCGCGCCCACCUACGGCGACCCCUUCAUCGAGUGCAAGGAGGUGCCCGCGCCGCCGCCCGACCCGUGCAACCCGUCGCCGUGCCGCCAGAACGGCCAGUGCCGCGUGGUGGGCGGUGCCGCCGUGUGCGUGUACCCCGAGUGCGUCAUCAACCAGGACUGCCCGCGCGACAAGGCGUGCUUCAGCCAGCGCUGCCGCGACCCGUGCGUGGACGCGUGCGGUCUGAACGCGCUGUGCACGGUCGUGAACCACCAGGCCGUGUGCUCGUGCCCGCCGGGCUACUUCGGCGAGCCGCGCGUGCAGUGCCGCCGGCCGCAACUGGACAGCCCGCCGCCGCCCCGACCGGAGUGCGUCGACAACUCGGAGUGCCCCGGCGACAAGGCCUGCAUCAACCAACAGUGCAGGGACCCGUGCCGCGAGUCGCACGUCUGCGGCGCCAACGCCGAGUGCCGCGUGCAGAUGCACCGCCCGCUGUGCACCUGCAGGCAGGGCUUCACCGGCAACGCGCAGCUGCAGUGCUUCGACAUCGGCUGUCGGUCGGACUCGGAGUGCCCGCCAACGCAGUCCUGCGUGAACCGGCGCUGCGAGAACCCUUGCGCGCUCACGCAGUGCGGCCUCAACGCCGACUGCCGCGUCGACGGCCACCGCGCGCGCUGCUACUGCCCGGCGCCCACCCGCGGGGACCCGCUGGUGCGCUGCGACCGGCCGCAGUGCACGCGCGACGCCGAGUGCCCCAACCACCUGGCGUGCCGCGCCGAGCGCUGCGUCGACCCGUGCGACUGCGCGCCCACCGCGCAGUGCUCCGUCCAAGACCACCGGCCCACCUGCAGAUGCCCGCCCGGCUACAUCGGCAACCCGCAAGUCGAGUGCAAGAUCGCGCCCAUCGAGGUGCGCCCCGAGUGCACGCAGGACGCGGACUGCCCCAGCAAGCAGGCCUGCUUCUCGGGCCACUGCCGCAACCCGUGCGCCGAGACGGAGCCGUGCGGCGACCACGCCGUGUGCAUCGUCACGGACACGCUGCCGCUCCGCACCAUGGUGUGCGAGUGCCUGCCCGGCUACGUCGGCGACGCGGAUGUGCAGUGCAAGCUAGCUCCCGAGGACGAGCCCGGCUGCAGGAGCAACGACGACUGCCCGCUCAGCGACACGUGCUUGAACCGGCGCUGCGUCAACCCGUGCGUGGCCUCCAGCCCCUGCGCGCACAACGCGGACUGCGUGUCCGUGAACCACCGCGCGCAGUGCCGCUGCCCGGCGCCGCUCGUGGGCGACCCGCUCGUCAACUGCUACGCCCUGUCGGUGGCCGCCCCGGAGUGCGAGACGGACUCGCCGUGCCCGUCGGACCGCGCGUGCAUCAACCAGCGCUGCCAGGACCCGUGCGCCAUCACCAGCCCGUGCGGCGUGUCGGCCGACUGCCGCACCUUCGACCACCGGCCCAUCUGCAGCUGCCCGGACGGCUGGGGAGGCAACCCGCAAACCCAAUGCUACAAACCGCAAUGCAAGGCGGACUCCGACUGCGUCUACGACAAGGCUUGUAUCGAAGGCAACUGCCUGAACCCGUGCGUGCACGGCGCGGUGCAGUGUGGCCGCGGCGCCGAGUGCCUGGUGCAGGCGCACCGCGCGCAGUGCGUGUGCCCGGCCGGCACGCAGGGAGACCCAUUCCUGUCGUGCGUGGCCGGCGUGUGCCAGUACAACGAGGACUGCGCCGACCACGAGGCCUGCGACCGCCUCAACCGCGUGUGCCGCCCCGUGUGCGACCAGGAGACCUGCGCCGUGACGGCUACCUGCGCGGGCCGCAAGCACCAGCCCGUGUGCAGCUGCCCGCCGGGGACCGUCGGCAACCCCUACAUCGAGUGCCUCGGCCCCAAGGUGCCCGUCGUGGUGGAGGACAUCCCCGAGUGCACCCAGGACGCCGACUGCCCGUCGCAGCUCUCGUGCCUGCAGCAGCGCUGCCAGAACCCGUGCGCCGUGUCGGCCGUGUGCUCGCCCGCCCAGGAGUGCCGCGUGCUGGACACGCUGCCGCUGCGCACCGUGGUGUGCGUGUGCCCCGCCGACACCAUCGCCUCCAAGGACGGCCGCUGCAGCCCCAUCGCCCAAGCCGCGCCGCAGUGCCGCGUGGACGGCGACUGCCGCGACCCGGACCGCUGCGUGCAGGGAAGCUGCCAGCUGGCCUGCCGAGUGGACCAGUGCGGCGUGAACGCGCAGUGCGACUCGCAGCGCCACCGCGCCGUCUGCUCAUGCCCGCCCGGCUACGUCGGCAACCCGCACAUCGAGUGUACUGUCCAACCCCGCAUCCCCGCGCUGCCUCCGCCCGCGGAGUGCCUGCGCGACGAUGACUGCCCCUUCGACCGGUCGUGCCGCAACCAGCUGUGCGUCAACCCGUGCGCGUUGGAGGACGCGUGCGCGCUGGGCGCCUUCUGCCACGUGGAGCAACACCGCCCCGUGUGCCGCUGCCCCGCCGGCUUCGAGGGGACGCCGACCACCGGCUGCCGACCACCUGCUGCCGCCACCGUGGGCUGCUCCUCCAACUCGGAGUGCGGCCCCAGCGAGUCCUGUGUCAACCGGCUGUGCGUCAGCCCCUGCAACUGCGGCCCCAACGCCGAGUGCCAGGUCACCAGCCACUACCCGGUGUGCUUCUGCAAGCCGGGCUACUCCGGAAACCCGCAGAUCGGCUGCGUCAAACUGGGCUGCCAGUCGGACAGCGAGUGCCCCAACACCAAGCAGUGCUACAACGGCGAGUGCCUGAACCCGUGCAUCGUGGGCGACCCGUGCGCGGCCAACGCCGAGUGCUUCGGCGAGAACCACCGCGCCAACUGCCGCUGCCCGGCCGGCUACCACGGCAACCCGCUGGACCGCUGCGUGCGCGCCGAGUGCCGCGUGGACGACGACUGUCCCAGCAACCGCGCGUGCGUGAGCGAGCACUGCGUCAACCCGUGCGCCGCGUCGCCGUGCGCCGCCAACGCCAUCUGUUUCGUGACGAACCACGUGGCGGGCUGCCGCUGCCCCGAGCACCUGCCCGUCGGUAACCCCAUGGCUCACUGCGAGCGCGCGCCGCCGCCGACGCCGGCCGCGCCGGAGUGCCGUGCCGACCCGGACUGCCCCUCUCGACUCGCCUGCAUCAACCAGAAGUGCGUGGAGCCGUGCCGAGAGCUAGCGCCGUGCGCCGCCACCGCGCACUGCAGUGUGCUGGACAGCGUGCCCGUCAGGACCAUGACCUGCGUCUGCCCUGAGGGCUGGGUGCCCGACCAACGCGGCGAGUGCAAACCUGUGACCCUACCCAAGCCCCCGGGCUGCACCAAGAACGACGACUGCCCGAACGACGAGUCCUGCAUCAACCGAAUGUGCCGCAACCCGUGCGACUGCGGCGUGGACGCCGAGUGCCUGGUGCGCGACCACCGCCCCAUCUGCUCGUGCAAGGACGGCUACGAGGGCAACCCCAACAUCGCCUGCCGCGCAGUGGGCUGCCGCAGCGACUCGGAGUGCGAGUCUGAGAAGUCGUGCGUGAACGGCAACUGCGUGAACCCCUGCCUGGUGGGCGAGCCCUGCGGCGUCAACGCCGAGUGCUACGCCUACGCCAACCGCGCCGAAUGCCGCUGCCUGAGCGGCUACCGCGGCAACCCUCGCGAGCGCUGCCACGUCGUGGGCUGCCGCUCCAACAACGACUGCCCCACGGACCGCGCCUGCGUCAACGCGCAGUGUAUCAGCCCCUGCGUGUACGAGCACCCCUGCGCGCCGCGCGCCGAGUGCCGCGUGCAGAACCACCUGGCCGUGUGCCGCUGCCCGCCCGGCCUGGAGGGCAACCCCUACGUGGGCUGUCGUCCGGAGCCGCGUCCCGAAUGCCAGGUCGACUCGGACUGCCCGUCCCGCCUGGCCUGCCUGAACGCGCGCUGCGUGGAGCCCUGCGGGGUGCUGCAGCCGUGCCGCCAGCCCGGCCAGUGCCAGGUCGUGGACACCAACCCCGUGAGGACGCUGGUGUGCGUGUGCCCGCCCGGCUUCGUCAGCAGCGGCAGCGGCACCUGCAAGGCCACGCCGCCGCUGUCGAGCGUCGAGUGUGCCGCCGACUCGGACUGCCCCGCGGAACGCGCGUGCGUCAACGGCCUCUGCCGCAACCCGUGCAACUGCGGGCCCAACGCCGAGUGCAUCAUCCGCGACCACAAGCCCGUGUGCGCCUGCAGGGAGGGCUACGACGGCAACCCCGACAUCGAGUGCACGCGCAUCGGGUGCCGCAGCGACGCCGAGUGCUCGGGCCAGCACGCGUGCGUGGACCGCACGUGCGUGCCCGUGUGCGCGGCGGACGGCAGCUCGUGCGGCACGCAGGCCGUGUGCUACGGCGCCAACCACCGCGCCGUGUGCGAGUGCCCGCCCGGCAUGAGCGGCAACCCCGAGAUCGCCUGCGUGCUCGUGGGCUGCCGCAGCAGCUCGGACUGCCCGUCGGACCGCGCCUGCAUCAACGCCGAGUGCGCCAACCCCUGCGCCGCCGCCAACCCCUGCCAGCCGCCCGCCGAGUGCAAGGUCUACAACCACCAGACGGACUGCUCCUGCCCGCCCGGCUUCGUCGGCGACCUGGGCCGCGGCUGCGCCAAGGUGGACGUGGCCUGCCGGGGCGACUUCGACUGCCCGUCCCAGACGGCCUGCAUCAACGAGGAGUGCGUCAACCCCUGCAACAUCACCGAGCCGUGCGGCGUCAACGCCGAGUGCAAGGUGUUCGACACGGCGCCCGUGCGCACCAUGGUGUGCGAGUGCCUGCCCGGAUACCAAGGCAACGCCAUCGUGCAGUGCGACAAGAUCAAGCGCUGCCCCACGGACAAGGGCCUGAUCCGCGACGACAACGGCAACUGCGUGUGCCCGCCGGGCCACGCCUUCAACGAGGACGACGUGUGCGUGCCGUGCCGCGAGGAGGACGGUCUCCGCGUGGACGAGCGCGGCCGCUGCGUGUGCGCCCUGGAGAGGGGCAUGGUCAUCGACGAGCGAGGCAACUGCGUGUGCCCGCCCGAACACGGCUACCGCCUCAACGCCCAGGGCUUCUGCGUGCUCGUGGCCGUGCCCGAGUGCCAGACCAACGACGACUGCGCCGACGACCGGUACUGCAACCUGGAGACGAGGACCUGCGAGGACCCGUGCCUCAUCAAGCGGUGCGGUGUGCACGCGCUGUGCAACGCCACGCGCCACCAGGCCAUCUGCCAGUGCAUCACCGGCUACAGCGGCGACCCCUACAUCAACUGCACCCCGCCCACCACGCUGCGCGUCGAGUUCCUGCCGCCGGAGAUGGUGGUGUCCUGCCUCUCGGACGGCGUGCAGGUCGAGAUCCACAUCACGGAGCGCGGCUUCAACGGCGUGCUCUACGUCAAGGGCCACUCCAAGGACGAGAACUGCCGCAGUGUAGUGACGCUGCCGCACGACUCGACGCAGCGCACCGAGCGCUUCAAGGUGCAGUUCGGCACCUGCGGACUCACCCACGUUAAUGGCCAGGCCAGCUUCGUGCUGGUGAUCCAGAAGCACCCCAAGCUGGUGACGUACAAGGCGCAGGCCUACCACAUCAAGUGCGUGUACGCGACGGGCGAGCAGAACGUGACGCUGGGCUUCAACGUGUCCAUGCUCACCACGGCCGGCACGAUCGCCAACACCGGGCCGCCGCCCACGUGCAUCAUGCGCAUCGUCACCCACACCGGCCAGGAGAUCAACUCGGCCGAGAUCGGCGACAACCUCAUGCUGCAGGUGGACGUGCAGCCGUCCAGCAUCUACGGAGGCUUCGCGCGCAGCUGCGUCGCCAAGACGAUGGAGGACAACGUGGAGAACGAGUACAUCGUAACGGACGAGAACGGCUGCGCCACCGACCCGUCCAUCUUCGGCGAGUGGGAGCACAGCGCGGAGACCAUGUCGCUGCUGGCCAGCUUCAACGCCUUCAAGUUCCCCAGCAGCGACAACAUCCGCUUCCAGUGCAACAUCCGCGUGUGCUUCGGGAAGUGCCAGCCGGUCAACUGCCGCGACCUGAACGCGUACGGCCGGAGGAGGAGGAGAGAGAUCGGCGACGAGCGGCAAAACCAGACGGCCGUGGACGUGGCCGAGUCGGUGUUCGAGGGCCAGCUCCGCGAGGAGAUCACCAUCCAGUCCAACGCCAUCCUCACCUUCGAGCGGCGCGAGGAGCGCUUCGUCGAUCCCACGGAAGCGCCAGAGACGCAGCAGGUGGACGACAUCUGCGUGUCCAUGAUCGGCUUCAUCAUCGCGCUGGUGCUGACGGCGCUGCUGGCCCUCGUGGCCGUGGCGGUGGCCGUGUCGUGCUGGCUCAUGGCGUGGAGGAGGCGGCCCAGAGCGCAGGGCCCGCUCCCGCAUCCGCCGGAGUUCCCGAACCCGCUCUUCACCACGCCAGAGCCCGUCGCCGAGCCCUCGCCCGACUACCUCUCGUAACCAAACCAAAUACUGACGAGCGUGACUGAAAGCGUGAAUGCGUGUGUGUUUUUUAGUGCGUGUGAAUGUGUCAAAGUGUGCGUGCGUAAGUGAAUCAAGAAAAGAAGACUCCUUGCAAGACAUUGCUUGUGUUCCCAGCGCGGCGUGCCCGCGCUCCACCAGGACGCCACGCCGCGCACCGGGGGCGAUGCCGUUGGGCGACAGCCAGCCCGGACCAGUAGUGCCAUUCGUUAUUUUGUUGUGAAUGCGUUUGCGUCGAAAUUUAGGGGUAUUUAUUUCUUUUUGGAUGAGUGGAAGUAGCUAGUGCCGCGCACACACGACUGGGGGCUUUUGCCAGGGCACCGCCCUCACCCCUGGGGGGCACGGCGCCUCCCGCCUCCCCCGACGGGGGGCUGAGGUGUACCCGGACCUCACCUCCCCGUCAACGGAACCGCGGCGGACGCAUGGCGCGGCGGCGCACCCCCUCGCGAGCAGAACACCGCGCUCGCGCUCCCGCCCCGCCCGCCAAGCACUUGGGAACCCCGCGACGGCCCCGGUUCCUGGGCGAAUGCACCUCCUCCGCCGGCUAGGGCAGCAGCGUAGCAGCGUUCUCAUCGAGUAGAGCUGUUAUCGUUUCACUGAUUUUGGGGACUCACUCUUAGCAGUGGUGGAGGGUCUACCCUUUCUUUAACGCAAUUUCUUUUCCACCCUUCCAGAAAAAUUGUGUACUGUUUCUGAAAUGUAAAACCGAGUAUCAGACUCCUUUUUGCCUUUAUUAGUCCGUCAAAGCUGCUUUGCCCAUUAGGCUGUCUGUCUCACAGCCGCCGGAGGAUUUGCGCCCAUCCUUUACUUAUGUGAUAGUGUUGUUUGUGAAUGUUGUAAAUAUUUGUCGGUGGUGCCUGGGAGAACCAGGAAUCCCUUAUAGUAACAUUUUCUAAAAUCAAACUGACCUGAAUUAAUUAUAUGUAACACUCCUAGGACCACCGACGCCGCUCUUGUAUUUAAUACUAUGCUAGUGGAUUAUGAAUUACGAUUUCUUGUUAUCGAAGGAGGAUUCCUAAAAUUGCCCAAUACUGUGAUUGACUUUGUACAUUUAAUAUCAGGAGGAGGCGUUUAAAUUGAUAAAAUGUUAGGGCUAAAUAAAUAUAAUUGAUUAUUGUUUGUUGUUACACAAUCCUCUUUAAUAAGAUUAUCACAGUAUAAGACUGCCAAUAAUUGUAUUCUGAGAAAGUAAUUUUUAUAAGCAAUUGUUUCGUAUUUUUUGUAUUGCUGUGCAAGGCAUUUUAUCUACAAAGUUACCGAAGUUUACUGAAAAAAAAUUGUCCCAAAUUAUGUUAAUUAGAGAGAGAUAUAUAAGUAUAGAAAUAUGAGGUGUGCCUUGCUCAGAUUCUAACUCUCUCGCACCUCACUCUUCCCAUUGUAAUGUGAUAAUUGCUUUUAAUAAAGAACCCGUAAUAUAAAC